GUCGACAAGUAAGCUUAGUCAGUUUGCUGAUGACUUCCAGUUGCCCGAGGAAUUGGGUGGAACUUUACCAUAUGAUCAUGAUGAUUGGCUACAGCGAAGAACGGCCAUCGAAAGUUAUAUAGAGGAAGCUUCAUCCACAUUGAAUGAAAUUAACAAUUUUCAACGAAAAAUGGAAUCAGACGCUUUAGGAGAUACAAUCUCCGCGACAGAAAGCCUCAUCAGCGCACACGAAACGAAGCGCAGAAUCUUGAACGCAAUUUCGCAGCCAGUAAUCAAACGAGGCCGAGAUCUCGUACGCAAGAUCGAAAGCUACGAGCCUCGGAUACCCCAAGGAUUGCGUCACUCGGGCGACCCUGUUUCCAUGGAAACGGAAGAAAAAAGUCAGCUGAAGGAGAUUUUAGAGGAAUUGAUAAGAAAGGAUGAUCAAGCGUUUCGUAGCUGGGAGAAUAGAAUGUCUGAUCUUUUACAGUCAAGGGACCUGAAGGAUUUCGAGAGUGGAUUUCAUAAGGUAGUUGACUGGGUAAUGGGAGCAGGCGAAUCUUAUCUUUCUUCUUCAAAUAAGAUUGGGGAUUCAAUCCAAAACUGUGAGUUCAGCAAAAGAGCUCACGAAGAUUUCGAAUUUGCAGCAAGGGAAAUAAUAACCCUGUUUGGUCGAGUUCGUGACUUGGGUAAAAGAAUGCUUCACGGGAACCAUUACGCAGCAAAAGAGAUCCAACUUCAAAAAGACUAUCUCGACAAGAUUUGCCGUAGCUUCGCGUCCAGAAUGUCACGGAGAAGCGAUCUCGUUAAUGGUGCCUUAAAAUUCCAUCAAUAUGCUUCACAUUUGUCAAGUCUUCUGGAUGAUCUUCUAGAACUUCUGUGUUCUGAUGCCAUAAUGAAAGACGACCUAGAAAGUGCAGAGACAAUGCUAUCUACGUUGGAACACAAGGCUGAAGCGGUGAAACAGUCUUACGAGGAGACAAUGCGUGAGAGUCUGACAUUGACGAAGGUUCUUCGUGAGCCAACCACGACAGCUCAAGGAGAACCAAUCACGUUGAACUGCGAUGAAGCAAUUUGUUACAUACAAACAACAUUAGACGAUCUCACAGAACGAAAACAGAGAACAGAUGAGCUCUGUGAUGUACGGAGGCUAAAACUACAGCAGCUGCUACAGCUAAAAACUUGUGAAAGAGACGCAGAGCAGGCAAUAGCUUGGUUACAACAGCUUUACAGCGGAGCAGUUGACACAUCAAUUGAUGUAGGGCGGACCUCUGAGGAAACGUUACACCUACAGCAAGAACACGACAAAGUUGAAGGCACUGCAAAGGGGACCUACGAUUACGGCAAGCAGCUGUUGCAAGCCUCCCUAGUUUUACGGAGAACGUGUCGAUAUGAUUUGACUCCAAAUCAGGAAAUGGAAGAAACACUGGACGAGGUGUGGUUGGACUUCUCAAGUGCUAUGGCUGAACGAGGAGCUCGCUUGUCUGUUGCACUAAUGUUUUAUCGCAGUGCAGAAAUGUUAAUGCAGAGAAUAGAUGAGAUUCGUGCCGAAUUUCUCCAUGAAUAUCUUCCAAUCGAACUCGCUCAAACUACAGUGGACGAGGCUGUUUUCGCGCACGAAGAAACCAGAAAAAGUGUAUCGAAGGAGUACAAGGAGACUGUUGCUAUGGGAAAGGCUUUGAUUGACAGAAUGAAUCUCCCAGAUGAUGGAUCAAGGGCUCCUCAUCCUCUUGAGGAGUGUUUGGAGGAGCUCGAGGAGUCCAAGCAGUCAUUUGACGAGGUGUGGGAAGAUAGAGAUGAACGUUUGCGAAACUGGAAGCAUGGAGAAGACUAUGGGGAUGACGUGAGAGAAUUUUUCGUCUGGUUGCACUAUAAAGCUAAAGAACUGAAGAAAACUGAAUGGCUAGUUGGUGAAAAUCUACACGAGGCUCAAGAGCUUAUGUCACUUCUCAAACAACAAGAAACUGACAUCAAGCGAAAAGAAGACGAAUUCCACGAGAUUUUAUGGAUCGUCAAGCAAAUUCACCCUGUAGAUAGUCAGAAUAGACAGGAAACAAUGGCAGAAUCUUUGGAAGAUGCCUGGAAAGAUUUGAAUUCACAAUUAGAAGGAAGGCGAAUCCUCCUUGACACUUCAUUGGCUUUCCAUCAUGGCGUGGAAGAGUUCACAGACCAAUUCACCACAGCACAAGACGAGCUAAGCAGAGCUCUACUUGUAGAAGAUGUAACCUCCGCCACAUCCCUACUCAAUCAAUACCAGGACCUUCGAAAGAGUGUAUUGGAGGUAUCCAUGGAAACAUUAGCUAAAGGCCAGGCGUUACUUGACCGUCUGCGCCAGGCCAGUGUUCAUGCUGACACCAAUAAUCGUCAUGCCACAAAGGCAGCUUGCUACAGUAUCGAAAGGGUCCUCGAGGCUUUACAUCUUCGUAGACGACAGCUAGAUGAUCUCUGGAAGGGAAGAAAGAAGAACCUGGAGCAGUGUGUCAAAAAAUGUAAAAUAGAAGAAGAGGCCAAAAGGUUAAAUACAUGGCUGCACGAAGAAGCAGAAGAUUAUCUCAAUUACAAAGACACAGGAGACAGCGUAGCAUCCACCCAAGUAUUACUCGACGAGCAUUCAAAGUUCGAGGCGGCCACAAGAGAAAAGGAAGAACAAGUAGAAAGACUCGCGCGAGAAACAGAGAAAUUAGCUCAUGCUGACUUCCAAAAAGCCGAAGAAACCGUUGUCAUUGUUAACAAGCUUCAGAUAGAUUUUCGAAACCUCGUGAGCAGACUAGAUGAGCGAAGAAAAAUACUCACAAAAACACAGGCGUUCUAUAGAAGUGGCCACAAGGCAAUGGAGAAGCUUGAUGAAAUUGGCGAUCGACUUUCGGAUGACCAGAUGUCUGUAGAGGAACAAAGACAGGUCUUGGGCGAGAUAAGCCAAGCUUCGGCCUCACAGCUUAGGGAAGGUCGAUUGUUAUCUGAACGCAUUGGGCAACCCAUGCAGCAGCCUGUAGUUGUGAAAAUAUACGAGGAGUUGCGUUCAAGAAGUAAGGCUUUGGUUGUCAGUUUGCAAGGCGCGACAGAAGAAGAUGCAGAGUUUGAGCAGGUUCUCGGCUGGAUCAAAUAUGCAGCAGAAAGCUUCAUGGACUCGAAUUCAGAAAUGGGUUGUACACUCAAGUCUGCUCAAGACUUUCUCAACCAGCACCAGGAUCUAGAGGCAGAGGUCCAGGAGCUGCAGGGGAAGGUCAGAGAAUUGACUUCGAAACGACCUGAUGAUGAAAGAGUACAGCAACUAAAGAGAGCUUGGUCCACCUUGAACAGUCAAUUGUCGUUUAGGCUGACACUAGGCAAAAUGUACUAUGACUUCCACAGACACAGAAAGACGCUAUGGGAAAGCUUGAAUGAUUUGGAAUCUCAACUGACUAGUGACGAACCAAAAGAGAACGUGGACGCAUCGGCUUUAAUGUUUGCCCGUCAGCGGCAGACAAGAGAAACCAUCAUCACAGCAUCAGACAGGUUACAGAAAGAUGCACGCACCUUAAUGGAACAGCUACAAAAGGAGCCCAAGGACACUUCCCUCAACCGCGACUCUUCUGGACGCGCCAUUCACACAAUUUUAAUCGAUUUGCAAGAAAGACUUGGUAGCCUGGAUCAGCUGUGGAAAUUACGGGACGAACAGCUCCAGAGACACAGACAACUUAGCACCGAGUUUCUUCAGUUUGAACGCGAUACCAGACAGGUGAUUUCAUGGAUCGAAGAACAGAGCGAACAGUUUUUCCCUGUCAUGGUGGAUUACAAUUCACUUCCUGCAGACCCAAAAGAUCUCGAAGGGAAGCUCAGGCGGUUUAGAGAAGCAUCACAGAAAACCGACGAGGACGUCCAACGACACCUCCAAGCGGCAGAGCAACUAGCAGACGAAGAUCAGAGCUACCGAGCUGCCAUCACUGUAGUAACAGACGAGUUGAAGAUUGCAUAUGAACGGUUUAAGACUCUUAUGUCUGACUACGAGGUGCUACUGGCCAUGUGUGCGACCUUCUUUGCUAGUGUUGACAAGUUGCUACAAGUAAUGGACGAAAUGAUGCAGAAGUUUCGAAGCCGGCAAGUUGCACCAGACCUUAACCGUGCCCAGCUCAUGCUCCAAGACCAUCUUGCCAACUACCAGAGCGUGGCUGAUAUCUACAACUUCACCAUAACUAAUGGACGUGACAUUUUGAAGAAAGUAGGAACAAGUGAGGCAGUUACUGUGUCUCGAGAAGAAAUCAAGAGAUUUCUUGAAGAAAGCGAGGGCAAGAAAGAUGAAUGGGCAAGCCUCUGGGAGCAUCAUAAGAGCAAACUUGAGGAAAGCGUGAAAAUUUGCGAGUUUGAACAGUCGAUAAGCAGGGUUAACUUGAUGGUUGAGCAACACAAUCGUGAUUUGAUCGCGUUAAAUCAGAAAUUUGGCGAUUCUUUGCUGGAUGCCGUCACACUCCUGCAAGAAUCAGACACGUUCUUAGAAUCAGUCAAGCCAACAGAUAACGAGGUAAUACAUCUCGUACAAGAGGCCAGUCGGCUUGUAAGUGAAGGACAUCAAGAUGCGCCAUCUAUACAGAAUCAAGUGUCUUCCAUGGAAACAAGAUGGAAGAGGUUCCUAUCUCGAAUUGAGGAACAUCGCACAAUGCUGGAAGCAUCCAUUGAAUUCCACCAACUGUAUGAACAGGCCGUUACCUGGACAAGCGACAGUGAACACUUCUUGCAGACAACACGCGAGGAAGCCAAGCAAUGUCGCACAGAAGAACAAGUCAUCGAUCUCCUAGAUCUCCUAGAAGGUUUUAUCCGGCCAGGUCUUAACAAACAGGAAACCCGCCUGAAGAAAAUAUCUGACUUGUCUGCCAAACUGAUUAUCGAUGCGCCCAGACGCAAAGCCAAGGAACUGGUUGCCAAGCAGAGAGAAGUAGCUACCAAGUUUGAUUUAAUGGAUAACGACCUUUACCGUUUGGCAGAGAAGCUGAGGGAAAGAAAUCGUCUGGGAUUACCACCAGAGGCCAUAGAAGAUUUCGCUGAAAGUCUCGACACCUAUGAGAGAGACCUUCAAAGUAGGCCUCCAGACACAAUUGAAGAAUCUGCGCCGGUGCCUAUCCGUACCACCCUGACAACAUUCUUAGAUGGUGUUCUGGGCCAGAAACGGCGUGGAAGUGGUACUGCUUUCGAAGAAGCAGGACCUGGCAAGCGCGCACAAGUAAUGGUCAGCAUAAAAUCAGAUGGAUCCGUGUCGUCCGAUGCAGAGGAAAAAAUUGAACCAAUAAUCAAGACAGAAAUCAGAGGAUGGUUCGAGGGAGGGMAGGUCGUAGGAAGGGAUACUGGUGCCCCGGAACAGCAAAUCAUGGUCCAAAUCGAUCAAGACACAAGAAGAGAACCUCAGUAUGCAGUUACCAUGGCCCCAAGAGGCACUGAGGUCGUCAAAAGAGACGUUACUGUUACUACCAUGGGACCAGUUAUCCAUAAAAAUGUGCAGGUGGAGACCGACAUGAACGUAGUUAAUUAUCGAUCACCUCCACCAGAAGAACCAGAAAGCCCACAAUUUACCCGAAAGAGAACAUGGAAAACAACAACUCGAGAGACAACCACGAGUGUAAAGCAGGAAACGCGAACAGAAGUGGAGACAUUAGUUCCAGAAGCUCCUGAAAUCACUUCAAAAUACUACAUGUACGACGACGGAUCAGCUCUUCCUGGUGGUCAGAUGGAGGUACGAGUUCUCUCUAAAGUAGAUCUACAGGCAGCUCCUGAAGGCAAACAUCCCAGGCUUGAAGAACUGGAAGAGCCCGAUGGAGAUAUGAAGGAUUCCAACGAACAAAUCUGUAGAAAGAUUGAGGAUUCUUUGGAGCCAAGAGAGAGAGUACCGCCUGGUCGUACCGAAGUAUACGUUCCACAGUUUGCUGGCCAAGCCAUCGUAUUUUCCCCUCCAAUCAUACCUUCCGUACAAAGUUCUUCACCAGAGACGACGGAAUCCGAGGCACAAUUUGCCCCACCUAGUGAUGGUUUUGCUCCAGUGGAAUUCAAACUACAGGGACCAUUCGUAGAGGCAAAACCAAAGCCAAAACCACUGGACACUGCAAAACAAGCUGCAUUAACUCGAUUGGAUGAAUUGACAAGGAUAUUGAUCGACAGCGAGGAGAAUUACGUUGACGAACUUAGGUCGAUUGUUGAGGACUAUAUGUAUGAAAUGGACAGUGCUCCAGCCGAUCUAGCAGACAACAAAGAUGCCAUUUUUAGUAACAUCGAGGAAAUUUACUUCUUCCAUAAAGUGGUUCUUGUACAAGAGCUGAAGAAGUUGAAGAGCACACCUGUCCAUAUUGGACGUCCAUUUUCGUCAAGGGAACACAACCUUUAUAAAUAUCUAGAUUUCUGUGAUGGAAAGGAAGAUUCCGACUUGGUCUUGGCGUCCACACCAACCGAAUAUUUUGAGAUAUGCAGGAAGAGGCACAACACCCGACCCCUCGUCACUCUUCUGCAGCGGCCACUGGAACGUGUUUUUGAGUACAGAGAGAUUUUGACGGAGAUGCUGGAAGUUGCUCUAGAUGCCGGAGUUGACACAAGAGAUAUUAAGGAAGCAAAAGACAUAUUGGAUCGUCUGUGUGAUGAGAUAAGACAACAAACAGAAUUGCAGAUCACAGUUGGAAUGCCUGUUGGAGUCGAAAUGUGCGUUGCAAUCGAAGACUACGAAGACGAGCUUGGCGAUUUAAAGAGAGAAGAAAGUGUACUUGUAGUUGACAAGCUUUCGCGGCCUGGCAUGUACAAAGUUGUGAAGUUGAGAGUUGAUGGUUCCCAAGGCGAUGAGAUGUGGGUGCCUUCCAAAAUACUGAAGAGAAGAACAUCAACAGCUGAAGUAACUCUGAAAGGAGGUUACACCGCUGAGUUGGUCAAGAAGCCGCAACCAGAAAAAAUUGUAUCUGAAACCACAAUAGAUGUCCAAGAAUCCAUGCCAGAACCAAGGAGAGAAGAAACUGCAGCAACAUUUCAAAUUGGAAAAGAGCCUCAACCCAUCACACUGACUCUCGAUGGUCAAGCGGCGUUCGACUUUCAGCCUGUGGAACUUAAAAUACCAAAGCCUCAAGAUGUUACUGCAGAAGAUGUCAAGGCAACUGAACAAGAUGUCCACGCAAAACCAAAGUUUGUGGAAUCACUGUCUGAUGUGCAGAUUUCCAAGGGAAAUACGAUCAUCUUGGAGUGUCGCGUUACUGGUAAACCAAGACCAGAGAUAACAUGGUAUAGAGAUGGAAAAAGAGUGAUAGAAGAUGACAGACACCACAUCGAAAUCCGUCCUGGAGAUCUUUGUAUCUUGACCAUUCGAGGGGUAAAUCCUGACGAUGAAGGCACCUAUACUUGCAAGGCAACAAAUACUGCAGGCGAAGAUUCCACUUCUGCGACAUUUCAAAUAUCACCUAAAGGAUCUGCUCCUGAGUUCACGAAAGAACUAAAGGACACCGUAGUUCUGGAUGGAAUGCCAGCGCGCUUUGAAGUUCGGGUGGAUGGAAAUCCUGAACCAGUUGUUGAAUGGUUCAAAGAAGGAAAACAGCUUAAACCAGGACGUAGAAUUGAAACACAGAAAGAAGGAAACAUCCACAGACUCGUCAUAUCCAAUUGCCGAAAAGAUGACACUGGAAGAAUCGUUUGUAAAGCAAGAAAUACAUACGGCGAAGCGGAUUGCACCUCCAAUUUUAGCGUUACUUUGGAUUCAGUUCCACCAAAAUUUACAAAGAGGCUGUAUGAUCUAACUGUCAAAUUAGGAAGCGAUGUCCAGCUGUCCGUGAAUUUCGUGGGAACACCAGAACCAAAGGUCAAAUGGUAUUUGGAUGAUGAAGAGAUUACCAAAGAUGACGGAUUCAAUAUCGAAAAACAUCUAGGCUCCGCAGUCUUGUUAAUAGAUGGAUUUACCAGUGAAGAUUAUGGUAAUUAUAAAUGUGUCAUUAUGAACGAUGCUGGCCAAGCCAGUACUGCAGCAACCCUUUCUGGGGUAGAGGAACGCGUUCUUCCACUGAAAAAGCCAGCUGGCGAGGCUCCUAAAUUUAUCAAAAACUUAACAGAACUUCACGUGAUUGAAGGAGAUGCAGUACGGCUUGAGGUUUUCGUAAGUGGUACACCCAAACCAUCUGUAGAGUGGAGAGCUGAAGGAAAACCUAUUGAAGAAAGCAGGCGCGUUCACGUCAUGGUAGAUGGAGAUAAGCACAUCCUCCAGAUCGAAGAGGCGGUGCUUGAUGACGAGGCAGAGUACGAAUGUGUGGUAAGCAAUGACCACGGUACUGUAGAAUGUAGUGCUGAACUGCUUGUAGAUGAACGAUCGAAAAAACCUGAAUUCAUCAAGGAAUUAACAAGUGUGAAAGCUGUGGAAGGUGAUCAAGUCAAGUUUGUGGCUGAGAUUGAAGGAAUACCUGAACCAGAAGUUCUUUGGUUCAAGAACAAUGUUCUUAUAGAAGCUGGCGAUAGAUUUGAGGCAAGUCGCGACAAAGAAUUAAACUUCCUAACGCUACACAAAUGCAAUAUCAAGGAUACUGCUGAAAUAAAGUGUACCGCAAGAAACAGUGCUGGGGAAGUGUCUUCUGUUGCAAAUCUGGUUAUUGAAGCAAAGCCCAAACAGGUCAUGGAAGAAAUUACCUUUACGGUUGCUCCAAAAGAUGAAAGCCCUGUUGAGUUGAAAUUUGACAUCCCACAAGAAAAAGACAUUUCUCCUCAAUUCUUACAAAAGCUUGAAGACAAAGAAGUUUUGGAAGGGAGUACAGUAGACCUUGAAGUCGAAGUAAGUGGCCAGCCAAAACCAACAGUUCAUUGGCUCAAAGAUGGUAAACCUGUGAAGCCGGGGGAUAGAAUAAGUAUGCAAUCUGACGGCCGCGUACAUAUAAUGUCUAUUUCCAAUGUAAAACUAGAAGACGAAGCUGAAUAUACCUUUAUUGCCAAAAACACCGCUGGAGAGGCUUCAUGUAAAUCAGAGGUUUUAGUUGAGGAAACAAUGAGAGCACCACAAUUUGUAACCAGGCCUAAAAACAUUGAAAUCACAGAGGGCGCUACAGCACGGUUUGAAGCUGUUGUUUCAGGCCUACCUCUACCAGAAACCGAAUGGCUGAAGGAUGGUAAGCCUAUAGGAAAUAGUCAUCGUUUCCAACUGGACUUUGAAGAAAACCGCUCCGUUCUUACAAUCAUGGAUGCAAUGCUGAAUGAUGAAGGAGAAUAUACAUGUAUUCUGUCAAACAAAGCGGGCAAAGAUUCUUGCAAAGUGGAAUUGCUAGUUGACGAAGCGGUUGUGCCUCCCGAAUUCGUGAGAAAAAUGAGUACCAUCGAGCUGUAUGAAGGAGAUCUUGCGCAAUUUGAUGUGCGAGUGUCUGGUACACCCGUGCCUGAUGUCCAGUGGUUCAAGGAUGACAGUCCCUUGUCUGACACUGAUAGAAUUGAAACUCGCUCUGAUGAUGAUCAGCGGUCACUUGUCAUCAGAAAUUGUAUUCCAAAUGAUGGAGGUCGAUACCGAUGCACAGCGACUAAUGAAGCUGGCCAAACGAGUUGCUACGGAGAGCUUACCAUAAAUAUAAGACCUUUCCCACCUUACUUUUCGGACGAGAGUCCAAGCAUACCAACAGAGUUUGAAGUGGGUGGUGAUAUUACCUUAGAAGCGACAGUGAGGGGUAGCCCUGCUCCCGAUGUCCAUUGGGAGAAAGACGAUAAACCCAUCACAGAAAGUAAACAUUACGUUCUGUGCAACACUGUUGAUAAGUACACACUUACAAUCAAAGGUGCAAGUCCUACGGAUUCUGGUGCGUACACCUGUAUUGCAGAGAAUAACGCCGGAGCUGCCAAGAGGACUUACAAUCUGGAUAUUGAAGGUACGCAGCCUGCCCCUCAAAUUACAGAGUAUUCUAAAGAGGUUGAGGUGGUCGAAGGCACAUCAGUGACCAUUCAGUGCAGGGUUAUUGGUGCUGAAGAUGCAACUAUUACAUGGUUCAAGGACGACGAACCCUUGGAGGAGAGCCCUCGAAUAACGACCGAUUUUGAUGAAGGACUCUGUCUCUUAAGAAUCGAAAAGGUUUGCCUUGAAGAUGAAGCAGAUUACAAAUGCCAGAUUGAAAAUGAGAGCGGAAUAACGUCAAUGACGACGGAACUGAUUGUCGAGGAAAGUGUGUCGAUGCCAAUUUUUAAAGAACAGUUAACGUCUUUUGAGGUAAAUGAAAGGUCCAUUGCACGCUUUGAUGUACGUGUGGCAGGCUAUCCUCUACCAGUGGUUGAAUGGUUUAAAAACGGACAGCAGCUAGAGGACUUGGGCCGAGUAAUAAUAAUUGACGAAGUAGACGACAAAGAGCCUGAAUUAUUCUCUCUCGUGGUUGAGGAUUGUAAACCGGAAGAUGCUGGGGAAUACAAGUGUAUAGCUAUGAACGAGGCGGGAAAGGCCGACUCGACUUGCGUUUUGACGGUUUCCCCAUUGGAAGAACGUCAAGUCCUCUCAGACAUUAAAGAAACUCCAAAUCUCUCAGACAUUGAAGAAACUCCAGUAGACAUCAUAGAAGGCCAAGACCUAACAUUAAAAAUAGAAAUUACAGGUACUCCUCGUCCAGAGAUAGAGUGGUACAAAGACGAUAAACCAAUUGCAGAUGAAGAACCAUAUAAAAUCGGAGAAAAGGGGGAUGAGUAUUUUUUGACAAUCACCGAAGCAAUACCCAAUGACGAAGGGGUAUAUAAAUGCCUCUCAAAAACGGAUGAUGAAACCAUUGCAAGGAGUUUUAGAGUUUCUGUCGAAGAAAAGCCAGAGGGUGCGGCUCCCGAGUUUUUCAAGCCACUUAAGGUCGUUGAAGUAUAUGAAAGCGAAUCAGUUCGCCUUGAGUGCCGAGUAACUGGUACACCUAAGCCUAAAAUCACUUGGUACAGAAAUGAAGACGUCCUGGAAGAAAGUGAACGAAUAAAGGCCGAAUUUGAUGGCGAACUUUGCUUGCUUGAAAUCUCAAAUACAGAGUUGGAUGACGAAGCUGAAUACAAAUGUGAAGCUAGAAAUGAAUUAGGAAAGGCCACUACUAUGGCAGAACUGCUUGUCAACGAAUCCCCUGUCCCUCAGAGUCUGCCAGAAUUUCCUAUGGAGGCUCAACAAGUUCAACCUGAGGCUCCAUUAGAGACUAGUCCACCAGAGUUCAAUGCCGUAGAUCAGCAAGCGCCAUUAGAAGUAUCUGACGGUGGUGAUGUAACACUAGAAGUACAAGUUACAGGAACACCCGAACCUACAGUGGAAUGGUACAAAGACAGCAGACCGAUAGAAAGAUCUGAUAAAUAUGUGAUCCACAAGGAAGAUGAUACCCACAGGCUUAUAAUUAAGGGUGCUGGGCCUGAAGAUUCUGGACCUUACCAAGUGCGAACAUACAACCCUGCAGGCAAAAACACGAGGACAUUCAACGUCGACAUUUCAGCAUUGAUGCCAGAAGGUGAAGCUCCAAGGUUUACUAAACCCUUAAAGUCUAUCGAUGUGGUCGAAGGAAGUAGACUUGAUGUGGAAGUGCGAUACACCGGUUCGCCCAAACCGGACAUAGAAUGGUUCAGAAAUGACAAACCAAUCGAGGAAGACAAGCGCAUUAAAAUACGCCAUGAGACGGAAGACACCUGUACGUUGGUAAUCAGUGACCUAGUUCUUGAAGAUGAAGCCCCAUACAAAUGUAUCAUCACAAACUCCUUUGGCAAAGCUGUGUCUGAAGCUGAAAUCGUGGUCCUCACAGUGUCUGAGGCUGAAGAAGAAGAACUCGCUCCAAGUGUUCCCAAUAAGAAGCCUGAAGCAACAGAGGUUGAGGUCCCUGGAAAGCCCAAGUUUGCGCCAGUUGAACUUGCCAUUGAUGUUGACAAAGACAAGAAACCGAAGAAGGAAGAGACAAUUGUAUUCGAUGUAGAUGUGCCAGUCCAAGAAGAACCGACAAUCUCGGAGGUAGUUCUUCCAAAAGGAAAGCAAGAGUUCGCGCCAGUUGAACUUGCCAUUGAUGCUGACAAAGACAAGAAACCAAAGAAGGAAGAGACAAUUGUAUUUGAUGUCAAUGUUCCAGUCCAAAAAGAACCAGCAAUCUCGGAGGUAGUUCUUCCAAAAGGAAAGCAAGAGUUCGUUCCUGUUGAACUUGCUAUUGAUGUUGACAAAGAUAAGAAACCAAAGAAGGAAGAGACAAUUGUAUUUGAUGUCGAUGUGCCAGUCCAAAAAGAACCAGCAAUCUCGGAGGUAGUUCUUCCAAAAGGAAAGCAAGAGUUCGCUCCUGUUGAACUUGCUAUCGAUGUUGACAAAGAUAAGAAACCAAAGAGGGAAGAGACAAUUGUAUUUGAUGUCGAUGUGCCAGUCCAAAAAGAACCAGCAAUCUCGGAGGUAGUUCUUCCAAAGGGAAAGCAAGAGUUCGCUCCUGUUGAACUUGCUAUUGAUGUUGACAAAGACAAGCCAGUCUCAAGACCACAACCUGGAAUUUCAGAAAUAGUUCUUCCAGCAGGAAAACAAGAGUUUGCUCCAGUUGAACUGGCCAUUGAUGUCGACAAAGACAAACCAAGAGAACGUGAAACUCUUGAAUUUGAUGUGAAAGCACCAACGAAAGAACCUGGCAUAUCAGAAGUAGUUAUACCUCAAGAUCAACAGCCACAAUUUGCUCCUGUCGAAUUGGCGAUAGAUUUUGAGAAAGACAAGAAACCCAAACAGUUCAUGUCAGAAGCGGGAUUGCCUGCGGGAAAACAACCUUUCAAACCUGUAGAGUUGUCAGUUGGAUUUGGCGACAAAGCGAAAGAACCUGAGAUUUCGACAGUUAAAAUCGUAACAGACCUCAAAUCUGCUCCAUCAGAAAGAAAACCAGAAGCUCCUCGUAUAACAAAAGAGCUUAAAGAAGUUGAGGUUGACGAGGCAAUGCCGGCAAAGAUGGUCUUGGAAUUCGUAAGCGAGGGUAAAACAAACGUUGUAUGGUUGAAGGACGGUCAUCAAGUCACUCCAGAUAAACGUGUGUCCAUUAUCACCGACAGCGAGAGCAGCACACUUACGAUCACUGACACAGACAUUGAUGAAGAUGAGGGCUUGUACAUUUGCUUCGUUUCCAACGAAGUUGGAGAAGUGAGCACUUCUGCCGAACUGCUUGUCGAAGAAUUAUCUGUUGAAGAAGUGGACAAAGACGACACUGCUCCUAAGUUUGUCGAGCCUCUGAAAGACACGGAACUUAUCGAAGGGUCAUCUGCUGAAUUGAGUGUCAAGGUAACUGGAACGAAACACAUCCAUGUCUCGUGGUUCCGUGAUAACGUCGAAAUUAUUCGCGAUGAUCGUCACAGCUUUACCGUGGACGAAGACACACACAUCAUGCGUAUUUCACCUGUUACAACAGACGACGAGUCAAUGUACUACAAAGUUGUGGCUGAGAACGUGGCCGGUCAAGCUAUGUGUGAUGCUGAAGUAAUUGUUGAAGAGAAAAAAACAAAGAAAGCAAGAGAAGAUGUUGUUGAUGCCUCUAUUCAAGCCCCAGUCUUAAUAAGGCCAUUACCAGAAGAAACAGAAGUCCUCGAGGGCGAUAGUGCUAGGCUGGAGUGUGAGGUCUCUGCUGGGCCCAAGUAUGAAGUAAUAUGGUAUAAAGACGACGAGCCUAUGGAAGAGAAUGAUCGUGUUACUUUUGAUAAUGAGGGCGAUGUCCAUGCCUUGGUUAUUGAACUCGCAGAAGAGGACGACGAAUCUGAAUACAAAUGCAUCGUUAGCAAUGUUGCUGGUAGCGUUGAAACCAAAGGAGAGAUCGUGAUUGAGGAGGGCAUAUCAUUGCCAGUUAUCAAGGAAGGCCUUACGAGUCUUGAAACAGACGAAGGUGAAAUUGUAAGGUUUGACAUACGUGUCGUUGGUAAUCCGGAACCAGUCGUUGAGUGGUUUAAAAACGGCCAACAGAUCGAGGAUGAAGGGCGGUUUAUUAUCAUCGAUGAGGUUGACGACCAGGACAAAGAGCUGUUUUCAUUGCUGAUCGAAGGAUGUGAGUUAGAAGACGAUGCUGAUUAUAGUGUAGUGGCCAUGAAUGAAGCUGGCAAAGAUACGAGCAAAUGUCAUUUAGUCGUAACGCGAAAAACGAUACCUGACGAGUUUAAAGACGAACUAGAGGAGGUUCCAGUUGAAGCCGUGGAAGGAGAAGAAGUCCUUUUGGAGGUUCCACUUCGUGGCCACCCAUCUCCAGAGAUAGAAUGGUUCAUGGAUGAUCAACCUUUCAAACCCACAGAUAACUCCGAAAUUUCUAAAGACCUCGUCUUCGGGAAGCUAAAGAUAAAGAAAGUCGCUCCAGAUGAUUCAGGCGUUUAUAAAUGUGUUAUAUCAAGCCAAAAGGGUACAACUACCAAGAAAUUCUUACUGAACGUGGAAAGUGAAGAGACGCUAACUGUUCCAAAGACACUCGUGGAGAUUGAAGCAGAAAUUGGAGAGGUGGCUGAGGCCCCGGCCCAACCAGAACCAAAAGCACCAGUGUUUUUGGAAACCAUCAAUCCUGUUGUGGUAAUGGAAGGAGAAGAGGCGAGAUUCGAUGCCCACGUGGACGGAAUACCAGAGCCAACAAUUGACUGGUACAAAAAUGGUGAACUUAUUCCAGAUGAAGGUCGGUUUGUCCAUAUCGAUGCUGUGAAAGAAGAGAUUUUCACACUCGUUAUCGAAAAUGCUACGUUAGACGAUGCAGGAGAAUACACUUGUAUUGCUGCUAAUGAUGUGGACGAAGUCAGUUGCAAUGCGGUGCUGACCGUAAAACCUAAAGAAAAAGCUCCAGAGUUCACGAAAGAGCCAGAGACAUCUACAUUUGACAUAAAUACUGGUAAAGAUGUAACAUUGGACCUUACUGUAUCUGGGAAACCUGAACCUAAGGUGGAGUGGUUCAAAGAUGACAAACCACUAAAGAAGACCAAACGUGUUGACACGUCAGUUAAGGGAGAGGAUCACACUCUAACAAUCCGUGGUGGGAAGCCUACUGAUUCUGGUACUUACAAGUGUGUUGCAACCAACCCUGCUGGAACAGUUUCAAAAACUUACGACAUUCACAUCAAAGACCUAGGAGAGGCCCCAGAGUUCACGAAAAAGCUACAGCCAUUGACAGUAAGAGAAGGAGAGCGCCUAAAACUUGACAUCAAGGUAACUGGAAAACCACAACCUCAAGUAGAGUGGCUCAAGGAUGACAAAAAGAUAACAGAUGACAAGCGCAUCCAAACUUCGUAUGAUGGACAAAAUUGUACGCUGAAGAUCUCGCCUACAGUUAUCGAAGACAAGGGCAUUUACAAGUGUGUUGCUACAAAUGAAGUUGGCUCCGCUACCCUUUCAACUGACGUCGGUGUUAACAAAGAGCUCAAGAGGCCUGAAUUUAAAGAAAAGAUUCAACCCCUUUUGGCAAAAGACGGGGAAGAGGUUCGUUUCGAUGUUCGUGUAACUGGUAAUCCACAACCUAAAGUGGAAUGGUACAAAGACAAAACAAAAAUCAAAGAUGAAGGAAGGUUUGUACUGAUCGACGACGAAGAGGAAGAUCUUUUCUCACUUAUCAUCGAAGAUGUAAAGAAAGACGAUGCAGACAUGUACAAAUGUGUUGCUAUAAACGAGGUCGGAAAAUCAACAUGCACAUCAGAACUUUCAGUUAAAGAAAUACUUUUCGCCCCAGAAUUUGUUGGCGAAGAAGAAAAAGCCCCUAUCAAUGUCGCGGAGGGUGAUGAAGUAAAGCUUACUGUCGAAGUGAAAGGAAAGCCAGCACCUAUAGUUGAAUGGACUAAAGACAACAAGCCAGUGAAGGACACGAAAGAUCUCAAGCUCAAGGCAAAAGAUGGCGAAUACACCCUUGUUUUGUCUGAUGCAAAACCACAGGACAGCGGAACAUACAAGACUACUGCAAAAAACAGCCAAGGAACGUCUACCAGGGAAUUCGUUGUUGACGUACAAAAAUCCAAACCGAAAGGAGAAGCACCAAAGUUCACCCAGCCUCUGAAAGACGUAGAGUGUUUGGAGAAAGAGAGUACAAUUUUGGAGUGCAAGGUAACAGGUAAACCAACACCAAAGAUUGAGUGGUACAAAGACGACGAUAAGGUCAAGGAAUCCAAGCGGGUCAAAUCGCGCAUCGAAAAAGACACCAUCACCUUGGAAUUCAAGGAAACUGAACUGGAUGAUGAAGGAUUGUACAAAUGUAUUGCUAAGAACGAGGUCGGAAGUGCAACAACAGAAGCAGAACUACUUGUCAACGAAGCUGGAGAGAAGCCUUCGUUUAAGAAACCUCUUGAAAAUGUCACCGUAACGGCAAGCGAAGAGGUUCGCUUCGAUGUCCGAGUCAGUAGUACACCUGAGCCAACCGUUGAAUGGUUCAAAGAUGAUCACAAAGUUAAAGAUGAAGGUCGUACGAUCAUUAUUGAUGACGAAGAAGAAGAUCUGUUCUCAUUGAUCAUUGAAGAUUCACAACCACAGGAUUCAGGAGUAUACAAAUGCACGGCCAAUAAUGAAACCGGCGAAGCUACAUGCCAGGCAGAAUUGCAAGUACAAGAAAAAAUGAUUGCACCCGAGUUUACUGACGGAGAACAGGCGGGUCCUAUCACAAUUGUCGAAGACGAUGACCUGCACUUGGAAGUAAAGGUUCAAGGACAACCAAAACCCGAAGUAGAGUGGAAAAAAGAUGACAAACCGCUGAGAGAGACGGAUAAGAUCGUAAUAGAUGACAAAGGUGAUAAUUACUGGAUUGAUAUCGAAGGAGUAUCUUUGUCUGAUUCGGGAACUUACAAAUGCGAAGUGAAGAGCGAUGCUGGGUCAAUAAGUAGAUCGUAUGAUGUGGUAGUCGAAGCUAAGAAGCCAGAGGGUGACGCUCCAACGAUCAUUACUCCACUCGAGGAAACUGAAGUAACAGAAGGCAAACCGGUCAAACUUGUUUGCACUUUCAACGACACACCCAACCCCACUAUUGAAUGGUACAAAGGCGGUGUUCCCGUCAAAGAGAACAGACGUAUUAAGUUAGUUGUUGAAGACUCAACUUGUAACUUGACGAUCAAAGACACAAGAUCGGGUGAUGAGGGAGAAUACAAGUGUGUAGUGCGCAACGAACUAGGUACAGCAUCAUCAAUUACGAACCUCAAAGUAAUUGUACCAAAACGACCGAACUUCAUGGUAAAACUCAAAACCCUGGAUGUAACAGAAGGAGACGAAGCUCGCAUGACUGUCAAAGUGGAUGCAUUACCCAAACCAGAAAUUGAAUGGUUCUGUGGCACAACUAAAAUCCAAGAGGGUGACAGGUUUGAAAUAAUCGAAGAAGAAGACAACUUGUACACUCUCGUUGUGAAAGAUGUGGUUCGUGAAGAUGCAGGUUCCUACAAGUGUGUUGCAAGUAACGAAGCAGGCAAAGUAACUAGCCGUGGUGAGUUGUUUGUGAAGGAAAGACGGUAUGCCCCCGAGAUGUCUGGUGUCUCCGACGAAGCACCAAUGGUUAUUCGGGAAGGCGACGAAAUGAAGAUUGACCUGACAAUCAAAGGCAAUCCAAAACCUGAUGUUACAUGGUACAAAGAUGAAAAACCGGUGCGUGAUUCGAUGAAACUGGAUGUUCAUUCUAGAGGAGAUAACUACAGUAUAAUUAUCUACAGUGCAAAACCUGAAGAUAGUGGCAUCUAUAAAUGUGAAGCUCGAAAUCAAGUGGGGGUGUCUGAGAGAAUAUAUGACGUAAAAGUGGAAGUUCCCAAACCCAAGGGAGAAGCCCCAGCUGUGAUUACCGAGAUCAAACCAAAGGAAGUCCCAGAAGGACAAGACACAACGCUCGCCUGCAAAGUCAAAGGAAAACCUCAACCCACGGUCGAGUGGUUCAAGGAUGAUAAGCCUGUUGAGGUGGACGACAAAAAAGUGAAGGUUGACUUCGAUGGAGAAGUUAGCACCUUGACUAUCAAAGAUACGACCAUUGAUGAUGAAGGUGAUUAUAAAUGCGUGGUAACAAACGAAUUAGGAUCGACUUCGACUGUUGCCGAAGUUCUCGUCAAUGAAAAAGAAGGUGCACCAACCAUUAAAUCUAAGUUAGAAGACAUCGAAACUGAAGUUGGAGAAGAAGUAAAGUUUACAGUAGACGUAGAAGGAACCCCAGCACCUGAAGUCGAUUGGUACAAAGAUGACAAAGCCAUCGAAGACAAAGGUCGGUUCAUGAUUGUAGAUGAUGAGGAAGAGAAAGGAGUAUUCUCUCUGUUUAUAGACGAAGUGGAACCAGAGGACUCUGGCGUGUACAGUGCCGUUGCUCAUAAUGAUGCAGGUGAAGUAAAGACUGAAGCAACCCUAAAAGUAGUGGAAAAAGAAGUUGAAGAAGAAGUUAAGCCAGAAGCUGUUGGUGAGACUGAAGUAGCACCGGAAGUAGUGGAAGAAGUGCAAGAGAUGCCGAUGGAGGUGACUCCUGAAAUAUUGGAGUCUCUGAAACCAACUGAAGUGGUUGAGGGCGAGACAGCCAGGCUAGAGUGUAGAAUAUCUGACACUCCUUCACAAGUCGUAGAAUGGUUCAAGAACGACGCUAAAGUCCAUGAGAAUCGGCGUGUCAAGACAGAAAUCAAAGAUGGCGUAGCCUCUCUAACAAUCAAACAGACUCGCCCAGAUGACAAAGGAGAAUACAAGAUCGUCGUUCGUAAUGAUGCUGGCACAAAGUCUUCAACUGCUACUUUAAAGAUAAACGAACUGGUUAGACCUGAGUUUAAGGUAAAACUUAAGCCUGUCGAUGCUUUCGUAGGUGACGAGGUACGAUUGGAAGUGCAAGUCAAGGGCUUUCCAAGACCUGUAGUCGAGUGGUACCGUGGAACCACGAAGAUCACCGACGAAAAAAGGUACACGCUAAUAGAAGAUGAAAAGAAUGACAACUUUACUUUUGUCAUCGUAGACGUAAAUGUCGAUGAUGCUGGAUCAUACAAGUGCGUUGUUUCAAACGAUGCUGGAAAGUCAACAUGCCGAUGUGAGGUUAAUGUUAAAGAGAAGCCGUUCGCUCCUGAAUUCGAGGGAGAUGAACAAGGCCCUCUGCUGGUGAACCCAAGAGAUGAAGUAAACCUCAAUGUAAAGAUAAAAGGAAAUCCAAAACCAGACGUGAAAUGGUACAAAGAUGGCAAACCCCUGCGAGAUUCGACAAGGAUGGACAUCAGAUCACGUGGCGACUCUUACUACAUCGUCAUCUUAAGCGCAAAGCCUGAAGAUGCGGGAACGUACAAGUGCGAGGCAACGAAUAAACUUGGCAAAGCAUCUAGAACGUUUGAAGUUAAAUUCCAAGAAACGAAGCCGAAAGGAGAAGCUCCAUCACUUGAAACUAGUCUUAAACCUAUAACAGUCACCGAAGGAAGCGAAGUAAACCUAGUGUGUAAGAUCUCUGGAAAUCCCCAACCUAAUGUCGAGUGGUUUAAAGAUGGCGCACCGGUCAAACCUGAUAAACGACUAAAAUCUGAUUACGAUGGCAAGACCAGCACCCUGAAGAUCAAAGAAUCAACGCUGGACGACGAAGGAGAGUACAGAUGCGUUGCUACGAAUGAUCUCGGUUCGGUCUUCACCUCUGCCGAGGUGCUCGUGAACGAAAAAGGAGAAACACCAACCAUCAAGGAACAAAUCAAGGACGUAAAAGUGGAUAUUGGCGAGAAGGCAACGUUCAAAGUUGUAGCAACAGGAACACCAAAACCAGAAGCCGAAUGGCUGAAGGGAGACAAAGUCAUAGAAGACAAAGGACGAUUCGUGAUUACAGAGGAGGAAGUAAAUGGUGUAUUUCAGCUGACCAUCGACGAAGUUCAACCUGAAGAUGCUGGCGUCUAUCAUUGUGUUGUCUUCAACGACGUCGGGGAAGUAACAACUGAGGCUGAACUGAAUGUGAUGAAAGUGGAGGUUGUAAAACAAGUAACACCUGUGGAAGAAGUUCCCACGAAAAAAGAACCAGAAAAGGAGAAAGCCGAUAAGAAGCCGGUCUUCAAGCAGAAGCUGAAGGACGUUGUUGCUAUCCCUGGUCAAGAAGCAAAAUUCGAUGUUAUUGUGGCAACUGAUGAUGUCGAUGUCGAAUGGAUAAAGGAUGAUAAAUUAGUUGAGGACAAGGGCAGAUUUAUUUUAGUGGAUGAUGAAGGACCAGGCAUGUUCUCCUUGGUUAUUGAUGAUGUUCAACCAGAAGACGCUGGGGAGUACGAAUGCGUGGCCAUCAACGACCACGGAGAAACAUCUACAAAAGCUUCUCUGAACUUUGAACAAAACGGAAUAACACCUGACCUUAUCGAGGAAGCUCAAAGUGCUCCUAUUACUUUAGAUGAAGUGGAAGCAAAAGCCCAGGAAACUGCUCCAGAAAUUCUAGAAGCACUUCAGCCUGUCGAAGUGAUGGAGGGAGAAACACUAACGCUGGAGACCAAAGUGUCUGGAAAGCCAGCUCCUUCUGUUGAAUGGCUGAAGGACAAGAUCAAAGUAAAAGAAAGCCGAAAUGUGAAAACAGAAUUUAAAGACGAUAUCGCCAAACUGAUUAUCAAGCAAACUAGAGGAACUGACAAAGGAGAAUAUACAUGCGUUGUUAAGAAUGAUGUCGGGUCAACUUCUACAAUGGCAAAGGUUACCGUCCGUGUUCCUGUCAGGCCAGACUUUACUGUAAAGCUGAAGCCAACUGAAGCAGUUGAGGGGGGAGAAGGACGGUUCACUGUCCAAACGAAAGGAGAACCAAAACCGGAAAUAGAAUGGUACAAAGGAACAACUAAGAUUGUUGAUGAAGGAAGAUACCAGUUCGAGGAAACUGAUGACGGCAAGCACUCAUUGAUCAUAGUUGAUGUCAACCGUGAUGAUUCUGGAGCGUACAAGUGCACAGCAACUAACGAGAUGGGGAAAGCUACGACCCGAGCUGACUUGACAGUAAAGGAACGACAGUUUGCCCCAGAAAUCGAGGGAGAUCAAGAAGGUCCAAUAAUCGUCCAAAAAGGUGACGAAGUUAACAUCAAAGUAGUCAUCAAAGGAAAACCAAAGCCGGAAGUGAAGUGGUACAAGGAUGGCAAACCCCUCCGAGACACAACUAGGUUGGAUAUCCGAUCCCGCGAUAACUCUUACUACAUCGUCAUCCUAAGUGCAAAGCCUGAAGAUGCGGGAACGUACAAGUGCGAGGCAACGAGCAAACUUGGCAAAGCUUCUAAAACGUUUGAAGUACGGGUCCAAGAUGACAAAGGAAAGGCUCCAGUGCUUGACUCAGAGUUGAAGUCUAUUGAAACAGUGGAAGGCGAAGACGUCAAAUUUGUUUGUAAAGUUUCUGGUGAGCCGAAGCCUACAAUAGAGUGGUUUAAAGACGACCAGCCAUUGAAGCCUGACAGCCGUAUAAAGAUUGAUUAUGACGCCGAUGAAAGUAAGUUAACGAUCAAAAGCACUACUUUGGAGGACGAGGCCCUGUACAAGUGUGUCGCUCGUAACGACCUAGGGUCCAUUGAUACCAGUGCUGAGCUUCUGGUGAACGAAAAAACAAGUGAUGCAAGUGCUGAGCUUCCAGAGGAGGAAAAACCUGUGAACAUUGUGAUCAAAGAAAAUAUGAAGGAUCUUAAAGGGGAAAUAGGAAAAGAAGCAAAGUUUGAUGUGAAAGUAGAAGGUAAGCCCAAACCUGAAGUGGAAUGGGUGAAAGAUGGCAAGGUCAUCGAAGAUGUCGGUCGUUAUCUUUUAAUCGACGAAGAAGAGGGUGAAGGAAAACAUUCGCUCGUUAUUGAUGAAAUUGUACCUGAAGAUGCCGGACUGUACAAAUGUACUGUGUUCAACGAAACUGGUGAAUUAGAAACAAGUGCUAAUCUUAUCUUGCAAGAUGAUUUGAAAGCUCCAGAGUUCGACAAGGGCCCGGAAGGUCCUAUCGUUGUCACCGAGGGAGAAACAAUUGACUUGAAUGCAGAGGUAACUGGCAAGCCAUUACCAGACAUUGAAUGGCUAAAAGACGACAAGCCAAUAAAAAAGACAAGCAACGUAGAGAUGAUAGCUGAUGGAAACAAGUUUAAACUUGUAAUAGUGAAAGUAGCUACAAACGACACCGGGAAGUACAAGUGUGUUGCACGAAGUACUGCAGGAGUAGCUGAGAAAAGCUUUGAAGUGAUUGUUAAUGUUAAAAAGCCUGAGGGUGCAGCUCCUUCAAUCCUAGAAUCACUGAAACCCGUUGAAGUAUCGGAAGGAGAUGACGCUGUUCUUGAAUGCAAGGUCUCUGGGACGCCAACGCCAAUAGUUGAAUGGUUUAAAGGUGCAGUCCGCGUUAAAGAAAGCAGGAGAAUAAAGUCUGAAAUUUCAAAUGAUGUGGCAAAACUAACUAUCAAGUCUACGCAAGCUAAUGACCAGGGAGACUAUAAAUGUGUUAUUCGCAACGAUUUUGGUUCGACGUCUUCCAAAUCAAAACUUACUGUGAAAGUCCCGAUAAAACCAGACUUUACGAUGAAAUUGAAACCUACAGAAGUAGUUGAAGGGAGCGAAGCACGCUUUGAAAUACGUCUUAAAGGUGAGCCAAAGCCAGAAGUAGAGUGGUACAAAGGAACAACUAAGAUUGUCGAUGAAGGAAGGUUCCAGUUCGAAGAAACUGAUGACGGCAAGUACACUUUGAUCAUAGUCGAUGUGAAUCGUGAUGAUUCUGGAACAUACAAGUGUACAGCAACUAACGAAGCAGGAAAAGCGACAACCCGAGGUGAUUUGACUGUUAAAGAACGACAGUUUGCUCCUGAAAUUGAAGGAGAUCAAGAAGGACCCUUCAUUGUUAAUGAAGGUGACGAAGUUAACAUCAAAGUAGUCAUCAAAGGAAACCCAAAGCCGGAAGUGAAGUGGUACAAGGAUGGCAAAACUCUCCGAGAUACAACUAGGCUGGACCUCCGGUCACGUAAUGAAACCUAUUACAUUGUGAUUAUCAGUGCAAAGCUGGAUGACACAGGAACAUACAAGUGCGAGGCAACGAGCAAACUUGGCAAAGCAUCAAAAACGUUCGACGUUAUAGUUCAAGGCCCAAAAGGAGACGCCCCAUCUGUAACAUCAGAGAUGAAACCAAAUGAAGUAGUUGAAGGACAAGAAACAAAGCUGGUCUGCAAGAUCAAAGGCAAACCUGAGCCCACAGUCGAAUGGUUCAAGGAUGAUAAGCCAUUGAAGACCGACCGUCGGGUAAAAGUCGACUAUGAUGGUGAAACUAGCACCCUUAUCAUUAAAGAAUCUGUUCUGGACGAUGAAGCCUUGUACAAAUGUGUUGCAACGAACAAAUUUGGUGAAGUAUCCACCAGUGCGGAACUACUGGUUGAAGAAAAAGGUACCAAACCAGAAAUCGAAGAAGAAAUGAAAGAUGUGGUUUGCGCUCUUGGAAACAAGGCUAAAUUUGAAAUCAAAAUUCAGGGAACACCUAAACCCGAAAUCGAAUGGUUUAAGAACGGCAAACAGAUUAAAGAUGGUGGUCGGUUCCAAGUGAUCGCCGAGGAAGAAGACAAUUCAUAUUCACUUAUCAUAGACCAAGUUGAAUCAGAGGAUGUUGCUACUUAUAAGUGCGUAGCCUUUAACGACCUAGGAGAAGUUGAAACCACAGCUUCUCUUACCCUUGAAGAAGAGCUGGUUGCACCUGAGUUCAUAAGUAAAGGAGGUCCAGUCACAGUGACGGAAGGGGAAUCCGUGGAUAUCACUACAGAAGUGAAGGGAAAGCCAUCACCUGAAGUCGAGUGGUUCAAAGACAACAAGCCUUUAAGAAAAACAAAGAAAAUAGACAUCAAAUCCACCGACAACAAAUUUACAUUGGUCAUGGUUGAUGUAACCCAAGACGAUAGCGGCAUUUACAAGUGUGUUGCUCGAAGCAAGGCAGGAGUCGCUGAACAGACAAUCGAAGUUGUUGUCGAACGCAAAAAAGGCACCGCACCAGAAAUCAUCGAUGAAAUGCGUCCAGUUGAAGUCAAUGAAGGUGAAAAUGCUACCUUGGAGUGUACUGUUAGUGGGAAACCCGCUCCGUCUGUUGAAUGGAUGAAAGAUGGCAUUCGCAUUAAAGAAAGCCGACGAGUAAAAUGCAGCUUUGAUAGUGGAACUGCAUCUUUGACAAUAAAGCAGACUCGUGAAGAUGACAAAGGCGUUUACAAAUGCAUAGUUAAAAAUGACUUUGGAAAAACAGAUUCAACUAGCAAACUAACUGUGAUAGUUCCAAGAAGACCAGAUUUCAAAUUGAAAAUGAAACCUGUGUCAGGAAUCGAAGGUGGAGAAGCACGUUUCGAUGUGCGUGUCGAGGGAUUGCCAAAACCAGAAAUCGAAUGGUUCCACGGAACUACUCCCAUUGUUGAUGAUCAAAGGUUCCAGAUCAUCGAAGACGAAGAAGAAAAUUGCUACUCGCUGAUUGUAAGUAAUCUAAGACUUUCUGAUUCCGGUUCUUACAAAUGCAUCGCAACCAAUGACGUUGGUAAAGCUACAUCAAGAGCUGACCUUGACGUCAAGGAGAAGCAGUUUGCACCUGAAAUUCAAGCAGAAGACAAAGGUCCAAUAAUUGUCACUGUAGGUGAAGAAGUCAACAUUGCGGUGACAGUUAAAGGCAAACCCCAGCCCGAUGUUGAAUGGUUUAAAAACGAACGAACAAUCUUUGAAACUGCAAAACGCGACAUCAAGGUUCGAGGAGAUUCACAUACCCUUGUAAUUUUGAGCUCCAAACUAGAAGAUGCUGGAACUUACAAGUGCGUGGCAAGCAACAAGGUUGGCAAGGAUUCUCGGACAUUUGACGUUAGAGUUCAAGCUGAAAAACCCAAAGGGGAAGCUCCUGUGAUUACUUCAAAAUUGAAACAAGUUGAAAUAACGGAAGGAGAAGAUGUGGUCCUUGUCUGUGAGUUCUCUGGAAAACCAGAACCAGUUUGCGAAUGGUCGAAAGAUGGGUUGGCAAUUAAGCCUGAUGGUCGCACUAGAAUAAAAGUGUCUGACACGUCAUCAACUAUAACCAUCAAAGAAUCGACACUUGAUGAUGAAGGGCAUUACAAAUGUACCAUUCGAAAUGACUUAGGUUCAGUUUCAACCUCUACGGAAGUAUUGGUGAACGAAAAAGAAGAAGGCGCUGGACCUCGCAUCGUAGAAAAGCUCAAAGACGUAGAUGCUGUUCUGGGACAGAAUGUCGAAUUUUCAAUUCGCGUUUCUGGGACUGCCGAAGUUGAUUGGUUUAGAAAUGAAGAAUUGGUGGAAGGUGCUGGCAGAUUUAUGAUCGUUGACGACGAAAACGAAGGGCUGUUUGAACUUGAAAUUGAAGGCGUUCAUCCAGAAGAUGUUGGGAUGUACAAGUGUGUCGUGUUCAAUGAGUCUGGUGAAGUUUCCUCGACUGCUCGUUUGCGAAUACAGGAAGAAGCGAUUACUUCAGAGGGCGUCGACGAAACAGAGUCAGCACCACUUAGAGCCUUAAAACCAGAGAUCAUUGAGCCGUUACAAUCUGUAAAAGUAAUGGAGGGAGAUGAAGCGGUGCUUGUUUGUAAGGUUUCUGGAACUCCUUUACCAACUGUGCAGUGGGAAAAGAACAACUUGCCCAUCAGAGAAAGCUAUCGCGUGAAAGGAAAACUCGAAGAUGAUGUUGCGACGUUGACACUAAAGCAAACACGUGGAGAUGAGUCAGGCGAAUACAAGUGUAUAGUAAGCAAUGAGCAUGGUACAGUCUCUUCAUCAUGUAAGUUAACAGUUGUCGUGCCGAUAAAACCAUCUUUCAAGACCAAACUCCGACCACUUGAGGUCGUAGAGGGUUCCAAAGCGCAAUUCGAUGUUGAAAUUGAAGGAUUUCCGAAGCCAGAAGUUGAGUGGUACCAUGGAACAACAAAGAUCGUUGACACAGGGAGAUACACAUUUGAAGAAGAUAAUGAAAGAUAUACACUCAUUAUCAACAGCACUACACUUGACGAUAGCGGAGCAUACAAGUGCGUAGCUUCGAAUGACGCUGGAAAGAGCACGUCUCGCAGCGACUUAACCGUCAAGGAAAGAGAGUUUGCCCCUGAAAUCACUGGAGGUGAUGAUGAACCAAUAUAUGUGGAUCUAAAUCAAGAAGUCAACAUCAAAGUAACGGUUAAAGGAAAACCAAAACCGGAAGUUAAAUGGUAUAAAGACGGGAAACCAGUCAGAACAUCGCUAAAUACUGAAGUCAGGUCACGAGGUGAAAGCCACUCGUUCGAGAUUCUUCGUGCUAAACCAGAGGACGCAGGUAUCUAUAAAUGUGAAGCAAAGAACAAGCACGGGACUGAUUAUAAGACGUUCACUUUAAAAGUUGGAGAGCAAAAGCCGAAAGGCGAAGCACCAGUACUAACCACAAGACUUGCACCAGUGGAAGUAACUGAGGGAGAAGAGGCUAUAUUGUUUUGCGACUUUACUGGUACUCCAGAACCAGCUUGCGAGUGGUUGAAGGACGGCGUAGAGCUAAAACCUGACGAUCGUAUUGCCAUUGAAUACACCGGAAAAUCGUGCACCGUUACCAUCAAAGAAGCAACUACACAUGACGAGGGUACCUACAAGUGUGUUUUACGUAAUGAAUUUGGUUCGACUUCAACGACUACAGAGGUCGUUGUAAACGAUAAAGAACUUGGGCAAGGACCGACCAUCCUCGAAAAACUGAGUGACAUUACAGUGAAGAUCGGCCAAAAAGCUAAUUUUAAGAUCCGCGUAUCCCUACCGGCCGAGCUCGAUUGGCUCAAAGGCGAAGAUGUUAUUGAGGAUUCUGGAAGGUUUAUCGUCAUUGAUGAUGAAGACGAUACUGGAUUUUUCCAGCUCAUCAUAGAGGACGUCCAGCCUGAAGAUAUUGGUAGAUACAAAUGUGUCGUUUUCAACGAAGAUGGAGAAGUCUCGUGUAAAGCCAAACUUGCUCUACAAGAGGAAGAACUUAUUGCUCCAGAGACGAUAGAGGAAUCUGAAGCCGCUGCAGAACCAUUAACAGAAAUUAAACCUCUUGGUACUGCACCAUUAGUGACAGAGCCUCUCAAAUCCGUCGAGGUCUCCAACGGAGACACAGCAAUCCUGAAGUGCAAAGUAAGUGGCACACCAGUCCCUUCUGUUGAGUGGUUCCAAAAUAACGUUCCAGUAAAGGAAGGCUGGCGCAUUAAGUCGGAAUACAAGAAUGACACUGCCACCCUAACGAUCAAGCAAGCAAAGGAAGAAGAUGCUGGGUCUUACAAAAGUGUAAUCCGUAACGAUCUUGGUGAAACAUCAACUUCUGCAAAACUAAUCAUCAAAGUGCUUACCAUGCCAACCUUCACUACAGAACUGACUAAAGUAGAGGUGGAAGAGGGAGAAGAGGCCCGAUUCGUAGCAGGUAUUGAUUGCUACCCGAAACCUGAAGUAGAGUGGCUUGUUGGCGGAACAAAAAUUGACGACGAAGGGAAUUAUGAAAUCAUUGAAGAUGAAGAGAAUGGCACUUACACCCUGGUUAUCUCCAAUGUAAAAAUGCAAGAUGCAGGAAACUACAAGUGUGUUGCAUCUAACGAAGUUGGACGAGCCACAUCACGAGGCGAACUUGUCAUCAAUGAGAAUCUCUUUGCACCUCAGUUUGAAGGCGAAGCGGAACCCAUCAUUGUUCGCGAGACACAUGAAACUACCAUCACAGCUAUUAUUAAAGCCAAGCCUCAAGCCCAAGUAACUUGGUACAAGGAAGGAGUACCACUGCGUGACAGCAUUGCCUAUGACAUCAAAUCUCGUGGUAACACCUAUAACUGUGUAAUCUUACGUGCGAAACCAACUGAUGCUGGUCUUUAUAAGUGUGAAGCCAAGAACGAGAUCGGAACUGCUUCCAGGACCUAUGAAGUGCAAGUCAAAGCUGCUGCAGCAAAAGACGAAGAACCUUCUCUCUCGGGUUUGACGAAACGUAUAGAGGUAACCGAGGAAAGUCCUGCCAAGCUUGUCUGUAAGGUUUUUGGAACGCCUCAACCAACCUGCAAGUGGACCAAGGAUAAUGUAACCGUUAAAACCGAUAGUCGUAUUAAGAUCGAAUUUGAUGGAACUACGAGUACGCUGUCCUUCAAAGAAACUAGAAUUGAGGAUGAAGGCGUUUACAAAAUUGUUGCAGCAAAUGACCUUGGUUCAGCCUCAUCAACAUGCCAGUUACUAGUCAAUGAGCUGGGAAUUCGACCAAAAUUCGAACAGAAGUUAAAGAAUAUCGACGUAGUUGAAGGAGAGAAAGCCAAAUUCCAAGUCCGAUUAUCUGGAAUACCGGCUCCUGACGUUGAGUGGAUGAAAGAAUCUACCAAGAUCAGAGAUGGAGGAAGAUACAAAAUCAUUGAAGAGAACAUGGUUCACUCUCUUGUAAUUGAAGACUGCAAGCUUGAAGAUUCUGGCAAAUACGAAUGCAUAGCGUUCAAUUCCAUUGGAGAAGUCAAAUCUAGAGCGACACUAAAUGUCGAGGAAGAGAUAGUAAGGCCUGCGUUUGUAGGUCCAGCAGAAGAACCUUUCGUCAAAAGCGAAGGUGAGAGCGUAGAGAUGACUGUAGAAGUCAUUGGCAAGCCUAUGCCUGAAGUCGAGUGGUACCAUUACAACACUAACUUAAAAAAGACAAACAAGAUUGACUUUAAAGCUACAGACAAUCGUUUCGCACUUGUACUGGUAGACCUGACAAAGAAUGACAGCGGUAUGUAUCGAUGUGUGGCCAAAAACAAAGCUGGACAAGCAAGCAGAUCUUUCGACCUGGAAGUACAAAGAAAGAAGAUAAAAGGUGAAGCCCCUGAAAUAAUCGACUCACUUAAACCGGUUGAAGUUACAGAGGGCGAACCAGCAAAGCUUAUGUGCAUAGUGAGUGGAAAACCAAUGCCAAUUAUUGAGUGGUUUAAGGAUGGACUCCCCGUCAAGGAUAGUAGACGUGUGAAAUCGGAGUUUGACGGGACUACAGCGUCACUCAUCUUUCUAGAAUCGCGAGGAGAGGAUUCAGGCCAGUACAAGUGCGUUGUUCGUAAUGAGCUUGGUUCAGCGCCGACAUCAGCAAAACUCAAGGUUAUCAUCCCAACAAGGCCAGAGUUCGUCGAAAAACUUAAGAAUAUCCAGGUUAAUGAAGGAGAGGAAGCUCAAUUCGAGGUUCGAAUAAAAGCGUAUCCAAAACCCGAAAUCGAAUGGUAUAAGGGCUCAACAAAGAUCUUAGAUAUGGCUCGAUAUGAAAUAAUCGACGCAGAAGAUGAGGAAGAUACAUAUUCUCUAAUCAUAAGCAGAUGCCAACUCGAUGACUCUUCGGUUUAUAAAUGUGUUGCUACAAAUGAAGCAGGAAAAAGCACAUGCCGUGGCGAACUGGUCGUGAAGGAAAAGGAGACAAUCCCGAUAUUCCCUGGAGAUGAAGAAACAACAACAGUUUUCGUCAAUGAAGGAGAAGAGCUCAAACUAUCGGUCAGUCCAUCAGGAAAGCCAAAACCUGAAGUUACUUGGUACAAAGAGGAAAAAAUGUUAGUAGUGAGUUCAAGACGAGAUAUCAGAACUCGAGGUGAUGAUUACAUAUUUGUAGUCUUCACUGCCAAACCCGAAGAUGCAGGAAAGUACAGAUGUGAAGCAUCCAAUCGGCUUGGAAAGACCAUCAAGCACUUUAUUGUAAAAGUACGAGCUACCGAACCUGAAGGGGAAGCGCCAAGAUUUAUAACCAAGAUGAAACCACAAGAUGUCAAUGAAGAUGAAGAUGUCAAAUUUGUAUGUUCUAUUUCUGGUACACCUAAGCCAACUGUAAUCUGGAGCAAAGAUGGAGAAGUACUUAAUGAUAGCCUUCGGUAUCGAACUGACAUUUCAAGUGCACAAUGCAUACUGACAAUACGUGGUGCCAAGCUAGAAGACGAAGGCGUCUACAAAUGCGCACUUCGAAACGAACUUGGUUCAGCAACAACAACUGCUGAACUUAUGGUAAACCAAAGAGGAAAAAGACCAAAGUUUGAACAAAAACUUACACAUACAGAAGGAAAAGCUGGACACGAUGUUCUGUUGCAGGUACGUGUAAGUGGCACCCCACCUCCUGAAAUUGAGUUCUUCCAUGAAAAUAUCAAGAUCGAAGAUGGCGGAAGAUUCUCAAUUCUGGAAGAGCAAGAUGGAUUCUACACUCUCGUCAUUAAAGAUACGAAGGCAGAAGACGGUGGGCAGUACAAGUGCACCGCUACUAACAAAGUUGGGGAAGUUUCCUCCAGAGGUUUCUUGCAUAUAGAAGAAGACGUGAUUCCCCCAGAAUUCAUUGGCGACUUGAAAGGACCGAUUAACCUUGUUGAAGGGGACAGCUGUGAGCUGAAUUUAGAAGUCAGUGGAAAACCCUCACCUGAAAUUGAAUGGUACAGAAAUGAGCGUAUGGUUUGGUCGACUAGUAAGAUACAACUUCUUUACAAAGAUAACAAGAUUACUAUGGCUAUGGUUGAUUUAACAGUGGGAGACAGUGGAAUGUACAAAUGUGUAGCUCGUAACAAAGGAGGUGUUGCCACGAAAACGGUCAACAUUAAUGUUGAAGCUAAAAAGCCCGAAGGCAAUGCUCCCGAAAUUAUAGAAGAAAUGAAACCAGUUGAAGUUAAUGAGGGAGAGAGCGCACAGCUUAAGUUUGUAAUUACUGGAAAACCAACGCCGAAGCUAGAAUGGUUUAAAGAUGGACUGUCUUUGAAAGAAACGAGGCGUGUCAAAUCGGAGUUACACGAUGGCGUAGUAACUCUCACAUUCAAAGAAACAACAGACAUGGACAUAGGGAACUACAAGUGUGUUGUUCGCAAUGAACUGGGAAAAGCUACCACAGCCGCAAGGCUAGAAAUCCGAGUUUCUACCAAGCCCGAAUUUAAGACAAAACUGAAACCCCAAGAGGCGAUAGAAGGCGAAACAGUUCGCUUGGAGGUACGUGUAAAGGGCUUUCCUACUCCUGAACUAGAAUGGUAUCAAGGAGCUACCAAGAUCGUUGAUGUGGGACGAUACCAGUUUGACUACAAUGAAGACAGAGGUUCAUACUCACUCAUAAUUAGCAAUGUUACCAUGGACGAUGCAGGAACCUACAAGUGUGUCGCACUUAACAGAGCAGGAAAGACCACCUGUCGCGGAGAGCUUGAUGUCAGGCAAAAACAAUUUGCUCCCAUGUUUGAAGAACCUGAACAAACUGAACCAACAGUCCUUUCCCCCGAAGCAGACGCCACCAUCAAGGCAACCGUCCUUGGUAAUCCACAGCCUUCAGUAACAUGGUACAAAGACGGCAUACCUACCUAUGGAAGCCUUAGAGCUGACAUACGUUCUCGUGGCAACGUUCAGUUUUUGAAAUUCUCUAGUGUUAAGCCUGAAGAUGCAGCAACAUACAAGUGCGAAGCUAAGAACAGAUUAGGAACUGCUUCCAGAACGUUCGUGGUGAAAGUUGAAGGUGGCAGUCUGAAAGGUGAGCCUCCACAGUUUUUGCAGCGCCUACAACCAACCGACGUAAUUGAAGGCGAAACAAUAAGACUGGUGUGUCAUGUCUAUGGAAAGCCACAACCGACAGUUGAAUGGCUUAAAGAUGACCUACCGAUUCGCAAAGACUGGAGAACUACAACCGAAUACGAAAAAGAUGUGUGCACGCUCAGAAUCACAGAAGCCAAACAAGAAGAUGAAGGUAUUUACAAAUGUACUAUCAAGAACAUACAUGGCUCGGUAUCAUCUUCCGCUGAGGUCACGUUGAGCGACAAGGAAUCUCGUCCAAGAAUCAUCGAAAAGCUUCAAAAUGUCGAGUCAGUUAUUGGCGAAAGCGGAACGUUCCGUAUUCGAGUGCUUGGUACUCCUACACCAGGGGUCGAAUGGUUCAAAGACGACGUCCAAAUUGAGUCCGAAGGAAGGUUUAGAGCAGAAAAAGAAGGAAGAGGAUACUUCUCUCUUACCAUUAUGGAUAUAGUUUCUGAAGAUGAAGGCCUCUACAAGUGUGUAGCAACCAAUGAACUUGGUGAAGUGAUAUCAAAGGCAGAACUUCAGCUUGCUGAGGUCAUGAUCGAGCCAUCAUUCAUUGGUGAGGAAGCCGAACCAAUCCAAGACUUCGAGGGCAGCGAUUUUGAUCUUGCCGUGUACCUGCGAGGCCGACCGUUGCCAAAUGUCACAUUCUACAAAGACGAGCUACCAGUUAUUGUGUCUGACAGAUUAGAGCUCUCUUCGAGAGGUAACAGGUUCAGUCUCAACAUAACAGAUUUGGUAAAACGUGACAGCGGAACCUACAAAGUUGUGGCAAAGAACAAGGCUGGCACUGCAACUAGGAAUGUGGAGUUGACAGUGAAACCAAAAAAGACUUGGACACCAGGACAAUCACCACCAGAAAUAAUAGUGCCUCUGAAAGCAACGCUGGUCAGUGAAGGAAGUCCCAUGAAAAUGCGAUGCCGUAUAUCUGGAGAUCCAACCCCAACAGUUGAAUGGUUUAAAAAUAGUUUAUCUUUAGUUACAAAUGACAGGGUAACAACAGGAUCUACAGGAGAUAUGAAAUACGUCAACUUCCUAGAAGUUAAGAAUAGUGACGAAGGGCGAUACCGAUGCGUUGCAACAAAUGAAGUAGGGUCAGUUACAACGACUGCAGAUCUAACCGUAGAGUCAAGUGUCAGACCACCAUCUUUCAAAUUGAGAUUAAUGGAUGUUGAAGCUAGUGAAGGAGAGGAAACUACAUUUGUUGUUAAAUUAAAAGGCCCAACGGACAGUGUUAAAUGGUACUACAACGAUGAACUCAUUGAAAGCGGAGAAAGAUUCCAAAUUGAGCGAGGAGAUGAGGAAGGCGAGUUCGUGCUUAUUAUUCCAAGUACCACCAAAGACGACGAAGGUACAUACCAAUGUGUAGCCAGAAAUGAGUCAGGAAAAGCAACUACAAAAGCGGAACUACAGGUGCUUGAAAGUUUAAUAAUUCCUUCGUUUGUUGGUACUCAAGAAGCACCCAUGUCAUUCAGGGAAGGAGAUGAUGUAAGCCUUGAUGUUGAAGUGAGAGGACGACCCGCUCCUGAAUUAACGUGGUACAAAGAUGACAUCUUAGUUUUCGAGAGCAGUCGGAUUACCAUUCGCUCUCGCUAUACCAAACAUACCUUGAAAAUUUCCGAUGUAACGACAAAAGAUUCUGGAUGGUACAAAUGUGUUGCAAGAAGCAAGGCUGGCUCUUCUUACAGAAUAUUUAACGUUGACGUUGCUCCUAAAAAGCCUAGAGGUUUUGCUCCAGAGUUCUUCAAAGAGCUCAGGCGAACGGAAGUAGAACAUGGUGCCACUACAAAGCUUGAAGCAAAAGUCAGCGGACAGCCCGAACCAACCAUUGAGUGGACGAAAGACGGAGAAGUCUUGACAGCCAGCCCACAAUUUAGAACUUAUUAUGAUGGAGAGGUGUGCAAGCUAACGAUCUUUGAAACUAAAGACAGCGACAGCGGCGAAUACACUUGUGUUGCAACAAAUGAUGUUGGCACUGUUUCCUCGAAGGCUCAGCUAGUGGUCAAAGAACCCAUUGUGUCACCUGAAUUUAAGAAAAAAAUGGAAAACACUACAGCAAUGGAGGAGAAAACAGCUGAAUUCGUUGUCCGUGUGGUUGGUAAUCCCGAGCCUGAAAUAGAAUGGGCAAAAGGAGGAAAGAAAAUAAGAGGCGAUGCACGCUUCCAGAUAAGAACAGUCGACAAAAACACUUACAAACUUGUUAUUAAACAUGUUACCCUUGACGAUCUGGGUACUUACAAGUGUGUGGCAAGUAACGAGGCUGGUCGAAUGCAGUGCAGCGCAAGACUUGACGUCACUGAGAAAAUGAUACCACCUAAAAUCAUUUCAGAAUUACCUGAGAGAACAAUGUUAUUAAGCGAAGGAGAUGAUCUACAACUACAUACAAACGUUGAAGGUAACCCUUUACCCGAAGUCGAAUGGUAUAAAGAUGGAACCCUCAUUAGGAGAACAGAGCGAAUAAAGAUUUAUCCAGCCGGGAACAAAUACAGUUUGACAGUUCGUGGACUUGUCGCCGAAGACACUGGCGUUUAUAAGUGCUCGGCGAAGAGUGUGGCUGGAACCUUUUCAAAAUCUUUCACCGUCGUAGUUGAAUCUAAAAAACCUGCUCCUCUCUUCGUCGAGCCUCUUCAAGAACAAGAAGUUGUUGAGGGUAAAGAUACACGGAUGGAAUGCACAGUACGAGGAACACCACGACCCAUGGUCGAGUGGCUCAAGGAUGGACGAAACUUCAGGGAAGACUACCACAUAUACACUGAAUUCGAUGGCAGCUCAUGCGUUCUUAUAGUCAAGGGAGCUAAGAAGGAGCACGAUGGGCUUUAUGAAUGUAUCGCUAAGAACAAAGAAGGAAGAGCCAAAUCAGGUGCCAGAUUAAUAGUGAAGGAAGACGUACGCGUACCAACCUUCGAUCAGCCAUUACAAGACCUGCUCGUAACAGAGUCAGACAAGGUCGCUUUGAAAGUUCUAGUAUCUGGUAAACCUCUACCAACAGUAGACUUUUACAAAGGCGAAGAGCUACUUGUCCGCAGUGGAAGAAUACGCAUAGAAGAAGAUCACGACACCCAGGCGUAUACUUUAACCAUUCGUGAUUGUAUCCCAAGUGAUUCUGGCGAAUACUCAUGUGUGCUCAAGAACAAGGCCGGCGAAGCGUCUUGCCAAGCAGAGCUAACUGUAAAAUCAAGGAUCUCUGUUCCAUCGUUCACUGGUGGACCUGGAGAUAUACCUAUUGAUAUAUGGGAAGGCGUGCCUAUACAACUGGUUGUAGAAGUGAAAGGAAAACCUCCACCAACGAUAGAGUGGUUCAAGGAAAAGAGACAAGCCAAACGAAUUAAGAGAGUGCAGCUUCUGAGUGAGGGCAAUAAGUACAUGCUCGUUAUCCCUAAGGCUGUACCGGAAGACGCUGGUGAAUAUCAUUGUGAAGCAACCAACUCUGCUGGAGUAAUAAGAAAAACCUUCAAAGUGACUAUCAACGCUCAAUCAGUUGUGCUACGCCGUCAACCUGUUCCCCCAGGCUCUACAAAGCCCGAGUUCAUUCAGCGCCUUCAAGACCAGGAAAUUAUAGAAGGAAGUGCAGCGCGCUUCACCGUCCAAGUCCAAGGAAUACCUGAACCCGAUGUUGACUGGUACAAAGACAACAAAGUUAUUCGCGAGGGAGGCCGUGUAGAAUUUGAAUUCCAGGACGAUGGCAGUUGUAUACUUAUCAUCAGAGAUGCUCUCAAGUCUGAUCGAGGACGAUACAAAUGUGUAGCAAGUAACGCUGCUGGAAAAGCUCAGUGCAGUUCAGAAUUGUUCAUUGAAACUCAUGGUUUUGAGUCUGGAGUAAGUGACACAGAUAUGGACUUUGCUGCCUUUAGAGACAAAAGGGAAUCAACUAUUGAACUGCUAACGGAUGAAUCUUCCGACGAGGUUGAUGCUGAAGGCAUUCCGUACCAACAAAAGCUUCCACCUGAAAUCACUCUUGUGCUACGAAACAAAGACGUCAAUGAAGGAGGUGUAACCAAAUUUGCUUGCCGUGCCAUCAGUAAGGCCCCAAUGACUGUCCAAUGGUUCAAAGACGAAACUCCAAUCUCGAAAGAAUGGGAACGCUUCUCCUUCGAGCACGACGAAGAUCUUUACGCAUUAAAUAUAUCCAAAGUUAAGGUGGUUGACAGUGGUCCUUACAAAAUAGUAGUAACCAACGAGUUUGGUUCCGUUGAAAGUGUUGCCUAUUUAAACGUUCAAGCUGCAAUGGAGCCAGAGUUUGAAGGAUCGUCUCCACGAUUCCUCAUAAAACUGAAGGACGUGACUGCCGUAGAUGGUACAUCUGUUCGUUUACAGUGCCAAGUGACUGGUGCUCCAACACCUGAAGUGAGAUGGUAUCGUGACGAUGAACCUCUUAUUGAGGGAGACAAGUACCAAUUUGAAGUCAACGAUGAGAUGUAUGCCGUGAUAAUAAAUGAUGUCACAGAAGAUGAUACUGGCAAUUACAAAGUCAUUGCAAGGAACAGCGCUGGAAGAGAGCAUUGCACAGCUGAUGUCACAGUCAAACAUCCUGAAACAGAAGAAGAGGAAAGUGACACUGAGACUGGAAAAAAGAGAGGAGUUGCAAAAAUCGAGUCAAAAUCGGAUGUUCCAAAGCCCGAGAUUCUUCUUAAUUUGAGAGACAGAACAGUCGUUGAAGGUAUGUCAGUAAGGUUCAACUGCAGAACCUCAAGCACACCAAAGCCUUACGUUUUGUGGUACAAAGACGAUCGCGCGAUAGGAAGCUAUGGUCGCUACGAGAUUAGCAGUAUGUCCGGGACUCAGAGUCUUGUUAUCCGAGAUUGCCAAGUUGGGGAUGUCGGGACUUACAAAUGUCAAGUUACAAGUCUUGGAGGCGAAGCUCACACUACUGCACGACUAACCGUUGAAGAACUCCCUAAAAGCAAACCUUCCGUUGUUGCUAGUGCACCUCGAUUCCUAGAAGAACUCAGAGGUGCUGUAACUGUGGUAGGUAGCACAGCAAGACUAAGUGCCAAGCUCACUGGACAUCCUAAGCCUUCCAUCGAAUGGUACAGAGAUGAUCGUGAGUUGCUUGAAGGCGGAAGGAUACGGUUCGAAGAAGGACCAGGUGGACAAGUAACACUGGUUGUCAGAGAUUGCAGGUUAACAGAUCAAGGAAGGUACAAAUGUCUAGCCUUUAACAGACUCGGAAGAGACUUUUCGUCAUCAAGUCUUAUAAUAACAGAAUUGAUUCCUUCUGAUGAAGAACAAGAGGAAGAAGAAUUCCCUAGAGAAUCUCGACGUAGCAUCAAGGAAUCCGUCAAGUCAUUGCCAAAAAUACCAUCAGAGGAGCUUUUGGCCGUAGACUCGCCCAUAAGCCAAUCAACGCCCAUGCGGCCUCGAGGUGAACCACCUGAGUUCAUACGAAAGCUAAGAGAUGAAACGAUCAAGGAAACGCAAAGCGCGCACUUUGUUUGCCUGGUUCUCGGGAAUCCAGAACCUACCUACCAGUGGUUCCACGAAGACAAUCUCUUGAGUGAAAACGAGAAGUACAAAAUAACUUGCGAGGAAGACAAGCUGACUUUAGAGAUAUUGAACUGCUCUGCUGAGGAUGAGGGCAUGUACAAAUGUAUGGCAACUAAUCAAUGUGGAAAUGAUAUGACGUCAGCAAGGCUUAAUGUCGAAGUUGAGCCGAGGCCAGCAGUAAUCCCUGAACCAGAAUCAGCAGUUAAAAUAGAUUCCGAACAAGAACUCGAAGCAGAGCCUCAAGAAUCCGAAACAGAGAGCCAAAUGUCUGAACCAGAACCUGUAACAGAGAUACCUUUACAGGCUGUAGACGUCCCACGAGCAGAAGAAGUACCUGAAGAAAUCACACCAACCACUCCCAAAGGCGUGGAACCUUCAUUCGUUAAGAAAAUAGAAAACUGUAAAGCUGUGGAAGGUGGUCGAGCAAGAUUUGAUGUGAAAGUAAGCGGCUACCCUGAACCAUUUGUUGACUGGUUUACCCGUGGGAAAAUGAUAGAAGAGAGCGAAAUCUUCAGAAUUGAAGAAACAGAAGAAGGAGACUGUGCRCUAAUCAUAAAUGACGUUGACCGCGAGGAUGCUGGAAUCUACAAGUGUGUGGCGGAAAAUGACGAAGGCACCAUCUCUUGUGAGGCGGAGCUCAUUAUAGAAGUUCCUGAUGAAGAAUCCGAGACUGAAUCUAUCGAAGAUGAUGCCACAAGAAAACAACCAUCAAAACCAGCAGAGACAAAGCCUUCAGAACCGGCAGCUCCAAAGCCGCCUUCAAAACCAACUGCUCAAGAAGCUCCCGCGGCACCUGUUACCAAGCCAAAGCCAGUAAAGAAAGCUGCACUUCCAAAACCAACUUUCACAUCUGAGUUGGCUGACAAACAAGUCAAGGAAGGUGACAACCUAAGUCUAGACGUCAAGAUUCCAUCAGAAUGCAAAGCUGAGGUAUCCUGGUAUAGAGAUGACACCCUACUAAAGGAAGACCAUCGAAUAACUAUCAUAUCAGCAGGUGAUCUGCAUUGUUUAACUAUCUUCGGGGUUGCUAUCAAGGACGAGGCGGUUUAUAAAGUUGUUGCUACAAAUUCUUCUGGAACACUUCACUCUGAUUGUGAGGUGUUAAUUGAAGAGCGUAUCAAAGUACCACAAUACGAUUCAAGGCGUCUUUCGCAAGUUGCACCUGAGUUUAUUGAGGAGUGCGAAUCUCAGACCGUCACAGAAAAGGGAACAGCUAUCUUCCGCAUCAAAGCCCUUGGCAGCCAACCUUUGUCGAUCAGAUGGUUCAAAGAUCAACAGACUAUCAAAUAUGGUGGGCGCGUGAAGAUGUCUUCAGAUGGCGAAAACUGUACUUUGAAAAUCUCACCAGUGGAGAAAAAGGACGAAGGUCUUUACAUGUGUGUUAUUUCUAACAAAGCUGGGACUGCAGACUGCGAAGUACUGCUCACAGUUGAACCAAUGGAGUCUGUCGAAGGCGCAGAAGAUGGUGGUGUCACAACCCCCAAAUCAAAAGACGCCAAACCGAGAAGAACCGCCGGUGAAAAGCCAACCAUCGUUACUCCAUUAUCAGACCUAGACGUCUUUGAAGGAGAUGACAUCGUACUUGAAGUGACGUCAGGACCUGAACCUAUUAAGAAAGUCGAAUGGUUUAAGGACAAUGAACUGAUACGGAUGCAGCCCCGAUAUAACGUCGUUUCUGAAGGCACCAAACACACACUUACUAUUACUCAGUCCAUCUUCGAUGAUGAAGGAAUAUUUAAGUGUGUUCUCUUGAAUGACUAUGGAAUAGCAUCGUGUUCAGCAGAAGUCUUAGUUGACAGUGAAACAGACUCAGUCUCAGAGGUUUCAUCAGCUGACGAAAGUGUUACCGACUUAAGAAAUGCAAGGCGGCGAUCACGUGACAGCGUAUGUGGACCUGAAUUCCAACAAGAGCUCAAAGACCGCGAGGUCUUGGAAGGCGACACCAUCCAUUUCGAUGUAAGAAUUACAGGAAGACCUGAACCCAAAGUUACGUGGUCUAAAGACGGGAAAGAACUAGUUGAAAGCUCACGAAUUACUUUCGUCAGUGAGCCAGAAACCGGGCUGUACUCGCUGCUCAUCAAGAAAGCUUCUAUCGACGACGAAGGUGACUACCGGGUCGUGGCUUCCAAUUCUGGUGGCUCAAUAUCUUGCCAGGCUGAGCUCCUGGUAGAAGAUCUCGAAACCGACGAAGAAGAACACAAGAUUAAAGAACCGAAGUCAGAAGCUCCAUCAAAACCCAAGCCCAAAGAUGAAGCGCCAGUAUUUACAGCUCUUUUGAAAGACCGUUCCAUUGAGAGUGGCAGUGCUGCACGCUUCGAUGCACGAGCAAUCGGUAACCCUACCCCUACUGUAACGUGGUACAAAGACGACAAGGAAAUCACCCCCACUGCUUUCCCACAUAUGAAGGUUUUAGACGAAGGUGACCUCCAUUCACUUCUGAUAACCGAGGGAACGCCUAAGGACUCUGGAUUCUUCAAAUGUGUGGCAAAGAACUCCGCUGGACAGGAUUCGACCAUUGGAAAGCUUUAUGUGGAAGGUCCUGGGUUCAAGCCUAUUGGUGGAGAUUCUAAACCAGUGAGAAAGAGCUCGGGAUUGGCAAGAAUUGAAGAUGUCUUAAAGCCUCAACUCUACAUUGCCUCGGAGGACUUCAGAUCAGAAGAAACAGGAAAGAAAUUCUUAGUAAAAGGAGACCAAGUCGAGGUACUUGACACAAGCCGCCCACAAUUCUGGCUGGUAAGACGCGUUUCACGUGGUGCAGAGAUCGGCUUCGUAAGAUCCAACGUUUUGACAAAAGAAGGCGCCGAACUCGAAAGAGAAAGACCCACCUUAACACCAGAUGAACAGAAGCAACGAGUCAUAUCAGUCGUGAACUACACGCCAAAAUUACCUGGCGAGCUGACUCUUUGCGAAGGCGACACGAUGACGAUUAUUGAUGAUCGUGAUAUGGAGAAUUGGCUUAUAUCUUUAGACCGUACUGGGGAAGUAGGAUGGGCACCGGCUAUCUUCUUGGAAUCUGCUCAGCUACAAACACCUUCCUCUGGAAAACAGGAUGCUCUUGCACGGCGACAGUCAAUCGUGAACGAAUUGAUCGAGACUGAGCGAGUGUACGUCGAGAAUCUUCAGCUGGUGACCGAGAGUCACAUGGUCGAAUUAGAUGCUGAUGACAUCCCAGACAAACUUGUAGGACAAAAAGAGAGGUUUUUCGCCAACUUGAAAGACAUUUAUGAAUUCCACUCAAAGACGUUCCUGACUGAACUGGAAGCAUGUGUGAACAAUCCUGAAAAUAUCCCAAACGUGUUCAUGAAAUACAAAUCCGAGUUCAAGAUGUACAUUGAUUUCAUUGAAUCACGACCGGCUGCAAACGAGAUUCUCGAAGACGAGGAGGUCAUAGAAUUUUGGGAGGAGUUCAAGGAAGACAUGGGUAAUCAAUACUUUAUCAGUGACUACUUCAAGAAACCCUCUCAAAGACUUCAAGACUACCAACGUCUCAUUCGGAUGCUCCUCAUGUACACCGUCAGAGCGAACUUGGACUAUACAUCGUUUGUCUCUUCGCUGGAAAUGGUUGCAGACCUUCCGAGACAAGCGAGCGAGAGAAUACACAAAUUCCAUACUAUAGAAAACUACCAUGGUGAAGUUGCACUCAAAGAUCUCGGCAGACUCAUUAGACAGGAAACCAUGCUGUUUUGGGAGGAACGUGCCCGAGGAAAAGGCAAAGAAAGAGAUUUGUUCCUCUUCGAAAAAGCUUUGGUGAACACGAAAAGAAAGGAAGAAGGAAAAAAAUACAUCUGCAAAAAUGUGCUGAAGCUUUCAACUGCCAAUGUUGGGUUAACUGAAAAUGUAGAAGGUGAACCAACACAUUUCAUGGUAUGGGUAGGCAGCUCCAUGGCCAACGCCCUCGUACUUCACACAUUCGAGACAAAGUCGACAUGGUCGAAGGAAGCUUGGGUGCGAGAUCUCAAAAGACUGUUAAAACUUGAUGUUGAAACAGUAACAACCCAGCGAUCCCAAACUAUUACAGUCGAACAGAARACUGAAAAUACUGGCCCACUUGUGACGGCAUUCAAAGAAACUGUCACCAGCUCUGCUUCGUUGGACAUCGUUGCGGAGGUAGAAAAGCAAUACGUUGCUAUUACACCUCCUGAUUCGCCUGAACCUCCACCAAACUUGAACGUCGAACUUGGUGGAACAUAUCAAAUUCAUGAAGACACAAUUGAAAAAGACACCCAGGAAGUCGUGAUCGGACGCGGUGAGACUGUCCGCGUGCUUCGCUCAGGAAAAGACCUCUUCUUUGUCCAAACCACCGGAGAUACAAAACAAGUCAAGGAAGGUUGGAUUCCAGCCUCCUGGUUGGUAGGAGACGAUCAAAAGCAAGAAUUCCAGCUUUCUUCGCAAAUUCGUACGGGUAUGUCAACGUCAACGGAUACCCUGUCUUCCGAGGCGUCCGAACCUGAGCUCCAGAAGCUAGCCGAGUCAGAUGAAUACGAGCCAAUAUUCUCCAAAGAGCUCGAGGAUACUCAUGCUAACGUAGGAAACCCAGUUCGACUCGAGUGCCGUAACAAAGCCAAACCAACGCCCAAGAUCGAGUGGUUUGUCGAUGAAGACAAGAUAAAGGAAGGGAAGAGGUUUACUUUUGUUUAUGAAGAACCGGAUGUUUAUGCUUUGUGCAUAUCUGAAUGUGUCAUUGAGGAUGAAGGCGAGUACAUGUGUAAGGCUACGAACAGGCGUGGGACGUGCAUGACUGUUGCCGAGCUGACAGUGGACGCUCCGGCAAAAGUCGAGAAACCKGCAGAUCCAGUAACGGCAGACGCUGGCGGUAAGGCAGUUAUUGAAUGUUCAAUAUCAGGAAACCCRGUGCCAACUGCAACAUGGUACAAGGGUGACAAAUGCUUGCAGAACGACAGUCGUAUUCAAAUCCAGACCCAAGACGAUCRUACCACCUUAACAAUCACCAACGUUCACUUCAGAGAUGAGGGCAAAUAUAAAUGUGUCGUUAAGAACGACGGAGRCCAUGACACUUGUCAUAUCGAACUCAUUGUUGAUGAUCCAGAUGACGAAGAUGUCGAUCCAAAGACAUUUGACCUGCCUAAGCGUGAUACAAUCUACCUUGCAACAGACAAAAAGUUUGAAGAGAAGUACGAUUCCCUGGCUGAGCUGGGAAAGGGUAAAUUUGGUGUCGUGAAGAAAGUAAAAAAUAAAGAAACCGGGGAAGUCCUGGCUGCAAAAUUCAUAAGAACUUCAGCAGAAUCUAAAAAGGAAGUAUUAGGUGAAAUGGAAAUGAUGAACCAUCUUCACAGUCAAAGGCUGAUCUACCUGGCCGAUGCAUUUGAAAGACCCGGAGAAAUGAUAGUAAUAAUGGAGCUUGUGACCGGUGGAGAGUUGUUUGAAAAGAUUUGUCAAGACGACAACUUGACGGAAAAAGAAGUCAUUCGCUACAUGAGACAGAUUCUACAAGGAGUCGAACACAUGCAUCGACAAAACAUGGUUCAUCUUGAUUUGAAACCUGAAAACGUGCUGUGUGUUAUCCGACCAGACGGGAAGGAAGAUUUAAAACUCAUUGACUUCGGAAUGGCUCACAUUCUAGAGAAGGGAAAAGAGCUUAAGCUUGCAUGUGGAACACCAGAAUUUGUUGCCCCGGAAGUUAUUAGCUACGAGCCAGUGCAUCUCUCCAGUGACAUGUGGAGUGUCGGAGUUAUCGCCUACGUCCUAUUGAGUGGUUUGUCUCCAUUCAUGGGAGAUGACGACAACGAAACCAUCAUGAAUGUUUCAACAGCAGAGUGGGACUUUGAAGAUGAAUCAUUUGACUUAGUCUCAGAUCUUGCUAAGAAAUUUAUUGAAGAACUUUUACUCAAAGACCACAGCAAGAGAAAUGACAUUCACCAGUGUCUUAGCCAUGAAUGGCUCAAGAAAGGAAAAACUAUGGAGGCUAAGAAGCUGAGUACUGAUAACCUGAAAAAGUUCAUUGCAAGACGUCGUUGGCAGAAAACAUCCAAUGCCCUUCGUGCCUUAAGUCGUUUGGGAUCCCUUGGCUUAGGCGGCGGUGCUGCAUCAGGUGGCGGCGGCGGUGGACUUCUUGGAAAAAUGAAAGGUAAACUACRAACAAAGCAAGGCGGCCAUCUUACGCCGGGAGAGUCGCGUAAGCCUCCCGAAGUUUCAAUGGCUGGGCGUAGAAGUCCUACGCUGAGUGGUAGACGUGGCCCUGUACAACGAGAACCAAACUACGGCACUCCUGCAGGUCCGCCUUCGUUUAGGUUGCCUCUCAAGGACUGUGAGAUAGUGGAAGGCACCGCUGCUAGAUUUCAAUGCCAAGUAACUGGAAACCCGGAACCAGAUGUAGAAUGGUACAAAGACGGGAAGAAACUCCGUGAGAGCAAACAGUUAACCUUCCUGUACGAUGAAAAUGACAAUUGCAAGCUUAUUAUCACAGAAGGUAGACAAAAAGAUGCUGGAGAGUACAAGGUGGUAGCUGUCAACCGUCACGGGCAGGUGUCUUGCAGUGCUAAGCUGAUCAUCAAGGAGCAUGCGUCAAGCGACGAGGAGUCAGGUGGUGAAGCAAGUGAUUCAGAGAUAUCAGAUGAUGCCACUGAUGACGAAAAAGACGUAGGAAUACGAAGUGGCAGUAUAACCAAAUUCUACAAGAUAAAAGAUGAACUUGGGAAAGGAAGAUUUGGUGUUGUAUGCAAAUGUUCACGUAUUAGUGAUGGAAAAUGUUUUGCAGCUAAGUUUAUUAAAUGUUCUAAGGAGCAAGAUAGAAAGGAUGUGAAGCAUGAAGUUGAAAUCAUGAGCGUUCUUCGGCAUAGAAGGYUACUGAGGCUUGCAGAUGCUUUUGAAUCUCCUACAGAGAUAGUCCUUGUGAUGGAGCUUGUGACAGGUGGAGAACUCUUUGAAAAGGUUGUCGAGGAUGAAUUUAUAUCCGAAAAUGAUGUAAUACACUACAUGAAGCAAAUCAUACAGGGUGUUCAGCAUAUGCACUCCAAAGAGGUUUUACAUCUCGAUUUGAAGCCAGAGAACAUUAUGAUAGUUCGACCACAGAGCAGACAGAUUAAACUUAUCGACUUUGGCCUAGCAAGAAAGUACGACCCCAAAGAAAACUUGAAAGUUAUGUUUGGAACACCAGAGUUCGUAGCUCCAGAAGUACUUACCUACGACCGAAUCACUCCAGCUACAGACAUGUGGUCAAUUGGAGUGAUAGCAUACGUUUUGCUAAGUGGACUCUCGCCUUUCAUGGGAGAUAAUGAUGCUGAGACUUUGGCCAAUGUUCAAAUGGCCGAAUGGGACUUUGAUGAUCCUGUAUUUGAUGACAUUUCCGAUGACGCCAAGACUUUUAUCUCUAACCUUCUGGUACUCAAAGCAACCAAUAGAAUUACUGUAGAGAAAUGCCUAAAGCAUCCAUGGCUUACAGAGAAAAGAGAAACCGGCAAACGACUAAAAACGGAUCGGUUGAAAGCAUUCACCGCCAAAAGAAAAUGGAAAAAGGCGCUAACUGCCAUCCGCAGCACAAAUUUCCUGAGCAGGCUAAUGGGAAGUCGUGGGGCAUCUGAAGCUAUCAAAAAAUCUGACGGGGAAGAAGAAGGCGGAGGAGGUGGUGGAGGAGGUGGACUUUUAGCUAGAGUAAAAGCCAUGCACUCAGCUGGUGUUCAAGCUCCAGGAAGUGGUCCUUCGUCAUCCCCUUUCUUGUCGCCUUCUUCCGCUGAAAAGGCAAACCCUUCAGCUCCUGCAAUGACAACAAAGAGCACUACACCCAGUAGUAAAUCGCCAACCACAACUACUGCACCUUCUGUAACAAAGAAAGAACCUUCCACAACAAAGAGUACGACACCUAGUAGUAAAUCGCCAACCACAACUACUGCACCUUCGGUAGCAAAGAAAGAAACUUCAAAAUCUGCAGCAAACAAGACAGAAACAAAAGCCUCAACGAAAACAGAUUCUAAAGCCACGACGUCCAACAACGUGUCCAAAGAAUCUAAAGUCACGGAUACCAACGGCGUGUCCAGUAAACCAACUGAAUCAAACAACAACAUCUCCAACAAAGAGCCCGAGAAAGCAAAUGAUCUUACAAAAACAUCUACGCCUGCAACGUCUCCACCAAAGACAACUGUAAACGACACAAAAAAGAACUCGGAUUCUCCCGCAUCCACCAAWCCGAGCAAGACUCCCACAUCACGAAAGGGUGCUUCCGGCAAGCUUCCAGUGUGGCCACCACCGCCAAAAGAAAAGCCUCAAAAACGAGAAAUACAAGUACUCGUAGAAAGAUACAGCAUGAGCGGAAUACCGCUGACAGCCGAUAACCCAGAAACUGAAUAUGACAUCAAAGAUGAAAUUGAUAGAGGAAAGUUUGCCGUCGUAAAGAAAUGUGUCGACAAAGAAACUAAGAAGGCAUUUGCUGCAAAACUKAUAAAGUUCGAUGAGGAUGAAGAGAAUGAGACUGUACAAGAGUUUGAUGUCCAUCGCUCCCUAAAACACAAGAAUCUGGUUACGCUGUUCUCGGCUUACAUUGUGCAGAAAUACUUGGUGUUAGUUAUGGAUUUGAUUGAUGGUGAAGAUGCUUUGAGUUCCUUGGCAUCCAAAUCAGAAGUGACAGAGAAUGACGUCACUAGCAUAAUCAAGCCAGUUCUGGAUGCUUUGGAUUACCUUCAUAACAAGGACAUACUGCAUUUAGACGUAAGGCCUGCAAACAUCAUGGUCAACCAAAGUACCGUCAAGUUGAUUGAUCUAGGCUGCGCACGCAGACUGACAAACAAGGAAGGAGAGGUCGGUGCAGUGGUUGGCAACACUGAGUUUUCAGCUCCGGAAAUGUUAUCGUUUGAACCUGUUAACUCUUCUUCGGACAUGUGGAGUCUUGGCGUGACAACAUACCUACUGUUGAGUGCAGAGCUGCCAUUUUCUGGAGAUGACGACGACAUGGUGGCAGAAGCUGUAAAGACUGGCACCAUCAUGAUUAAUGACGAUUUGUUUCCCUCGACAACACGACAAGCUAAGGAUUUCAUGAAGAAACUGCUCAGCAAGAUUCCAAGAAGACGAAUGGAUGCAGCCUCAGCUAAAACCCACGACUGGCUCUCGCCUUCAUUUGGUCGUGAGCGCAGAAAAACACCCGUUGCAGAACCGAGAAAGUACAAAGACGUUUUCGAUGAGCUUCUCUUUCAGGAAGAAGACGARUUGAUAACUGCCUCUUGCGUGCUGAGAACCUUUGAAGAAGAACCGUAUGAUUCACCAGAAGAAGAAGAUGAUAAUGAUGAAGAGGAAGAAGAUUAAAAAUUACUGACUAUGUACAUUACUGAUGAUGAUAAUCAAGAAGAUUGAAAAUAACUGAUGAUAUUAGAUCUAUGAACCUUUGAAGGAAGAGGAACCGUAAGAAUUACCAGGAGAAGAAAAAGAAGAAGAA